ACCGGCGCGGCGGCCGUGGUGCGCGCGGCCAGAGUGCAUUCCGUGAGCGGUGGACGCGUAUCGGACAUACUCCUCUAAACGGCCGAUAUGCUCGCGUACGUUAUUUCUUGGACGUAAUUGCACACGCUGGACACUCACCGAACACGAUCGAACGUUGUACGAGACCGCGAUAAAGGUUCUCGUCGUGCUCGUGUUGUUUCCCAACGCGCAGCGGAGCCGUUGAUGUACGUGGUGGUGGUGCGCGUAGGGUGUGGUGUGCGGAGAACAGGUGUCCACGAGCUUAGCUCGACCGUGAAACGAUCAAAGGCCGGAAACCGGGGAGCGCACCGCGUUCACCGGCAUGAAUUUCGAAAGAUUCGCGUCUAGGUAGGUAUGUCGACGCCACCGAAGAGCGAGAGUCCUGCCGGGAACCGGACCAGCCCCGGCAGUCCGAGGACACCACGUGGUGGUCGGCUACGGGACAGGGUUAGCUUUUUCGAGCAGGUGUGGUCAGGCCGACGUGCGGCCAGCACCGAGGAGCUCUUCCACGAGAUCGAUGCCAGGCGACAGCACGGUAAUUUUCGAUCGGUUACCAACACCAGGCCCUCCUCCAGAGCCAGCGACUCCUCGUUCGAGGAGAGUUUCGAGAGAUUGGUAGAAGAGGGAGAAUUGAACGGCUCGAAGGUGGUAAAGUUCGAAAAGAUUACCGUUAGAAAGAGCGUGAAGGAGAUCGGUACCGACGACCUGACGGCGCAUCACCAUCGGGUCCUGACCGCGUCCAACAGGACGCCUAGCGAGGAACACGCCCUCGAGGACUCGGCUUAUCAGAGCCACAGCCACGGCGCAGCCAGCCAUGGGAGCAAAUCCAGUUCGGUUACCUCGUUCACGAGGUUCCCCUCGGAGGAGAGUCUGUCGCAGAGGAGAGGAGGUAGCCCUCACCAGCAUCUGGGAACCGACUAUCGAAUGCCGUCCGAGUGGUCAACGGAACAUAAUGCUCCGGGUUUCCACAACACCGACAGAAUCGAAAACCUGCACAGCAAAAGCGAAUUCGACGCUCAGCAGCAUCUGGGGCCCGACGAUCGAACGUCGUCCGAGUGGUAUGCAGAGUAUCAUGCUCAGACUUUCUACAACACCGACAAGAUCGAAAGCGUGCUCAGCAAGAACGAAUUCGAUGCGCUCAUCGUUAAAAUUAAAGACGAACAGGAACGAGUACAGAAGAAGACCUUUGUCAACUGGAUCAAUUCCUAUCUAUCCAAGAGAAUGCAACCGCUUCAAGUAGUAGAUUUGAUCGAGGACCUAAAAGACGGCACCCGCUUACUCGCGUUGCUCGAAGUGUUAUCCGGCGAGAAGCUGCCGGUCGAACGAGGCCGUAACUUGAAGAGACCGCAUUUUCUUAGCAACGCCAAUACCGCGCUUCAGUUCUUGCAGAGCAAAAAGAUUAAAUUAGUGAACAUCAAUUCGUCCGAUCUAGUCGACGGAAGACCGCCGGUGGUGCUAGGCCUAAUAUGGACCAUCAUCCUGUACUUCCAGAUCGAAGAGAACACGCGUGCUUUGGAGUAUCUUGGACAAACGUGGGGCAGCCAGAGCAGCCUGGAGAGUCUGAGCAGCCAGGGUUUGGCCGCCAGCGAAAGGAAACGCAUAAGCAGCGAGAAAUGGAAACAGGGAGCAAGGAAGACUCUGCUCCAAUGGGUGACCAAUGCCCUACCCAAGGAUAUCGGGAUCCAAGUUCGCGAUUUCGGCGAGAGCUGGCGGGACGGCAACGCCUUCUUGGCGAUCAUCGACGCGAUUAGAGCGAAUCUGGUGAACAUCGCUGCUAUGCGAGAAGCCUCCAACAGGGCUCGUUUGGAAACUGCCUUCCAAGUAGCCGAGGUGGAACUAGGCAUCGCCAGACUCCUCGACCCGGAAGACGUUGACGUUCCCCAGCCCGACGAGAAAUCCAUCAUGACCUAUGUCGCGCAAUUUUUACACAAAUACCCGGAACCAGGAUCCAGCGCUUCCGACUCGUUCGCCGCUGUCCAGCAGGAACACGAUAGAUUGUUUAACUGGCUCAGCGAGAGAGUCAGAUACCUGGAGCAGUUGGACAGAACCAACUCUUUCCCACUGAAUUACGAGGAGUACGUUGCCUUAAAGACGGAAGCUGACCAGCAGUUUGUGGUGUACAAUAAGUUGCAGCGUCUCGUCGAGACGCCUAGUAUGAUUAGUAUUACGAGAGACUCUUGGAGACGCGUACAGAAUGUAUGGAAGACGUUUGAAAUACUUAUGCUGCACUGGCUCUGGUUCCUAGACUCUACCCUGCCAGGCGAGUUGGGCGAGCUGGGCAGAUGGUUACGACGCGCCGAAGCCCUUUUGAUCUCGGACGACGACAUACCGGAGGAAAUGACGGAGGAAACGGCCAACAUAAUAUCAAACAAGCUGGAGGAUCACAAAAAGUUCUUCCUCGACCUACCGCCUAUGAUAGAGAGGUUCCAAGCGGCUAGAAAUUCUCAGCUCGCGCUGCAGGUGCAGCCUCAACAGCUGAACAACACGGCUGCCCGAUUCGAGAGUCUAGCAGAUCGCGCCGCGAAGCGCAGGAUCAGAUUAAAGUUCCUCGAGCACAAGUGCUGCCUUAUUGCUUUCUUGUUCCUAGUCGAGACGAAGCUAAAAGGAUGGAGCGUCAAGUACGGCACCGAGGAGAAGGUGCACCAGAUGUUGGAACAAUACAGAAACUUUGUAUCACGAAACAGAAUCUUCCAGGAGUUCCAGAAGGCAUAUUUGGACAUGCAGCAAGUCGUCGAUGAUUAUAAACGCGAGGGUAACGUUGACAAAGAGGAGAGCUUGAGCAUCGAUCGUUUCAUGCGAGAAACCAGCGAUAAAUGGAAAAGCGUCUCGAUGGACCUGCGUUGCGUGCAAAGCAUGCUGGAAGAGGUUGUAGCCUACUGGCGCCGAUGGAACAUCAUCUCGGACGAGUUCGAGGCUUGGCUGAUUCGCGCGGAACCUGCCUUGAAUCUACCCGAAGAGGAGAAAAUGGAAUUCUUUCAGGACAUAAGCGUGUGGAAGGACAAACACCAACAACUUUCGGACACCGUCACUUUCCUGAUCGUCACGUCCGACGAGCCUGUUGCUCUGCAACUCAAGCAACGAUACACGAAUCUGACGUCGAGAUGGGAAUCUCUGUUCCAAGAAGCCAAGCAGUACAUGCACGCUGGCGACCUGAUACGAAACAGAAAAGAUUACAGAGCAGGGGUGGAGACCCUGCAAAACUGGCUAAGAAGCGUCGAGGCCGCGUUGGCAGCCACCGACCUCACCACCACCGAGAAGAUCAAAGCCUACGGUGAGAAACUUCAAGUCUACCACAACGAGGUGGAGGGUAUCGAGGAUCUCUUCAAGAUUAUCAGCAAAAAGUUCCAAACUCUGAUCCAAGACUUGUCUCGCGACGAAGUGGACAAGAUGAUGAACACGUUGAAGAAAGAGAAAGAGGCUCUGGUUAAAGUACGAGCCUUGAUACCGAUGCAGCUGCACUUGUACCAUCAAUUGCUGGUCCAGCAAGAGUCUUUGGAAGCUGGACAAAAGGAGAUUGCCGCCUGGUUGGACGAAGCCGAGAAAAUGUUGACCGGUAUGGAUCUUUCGGGCGGCAGGGAGCAUAUUUUGGCUCAGUUGGACCGCCACAAGGCCUUCUUCUCGAGAACCCUCUACUACAAAUCGAUGCUGGAGUCGAAGAACAAAGUUUUCACCAGUAUCGUAAAGUCCGUGGACAGCCACGCCGACGUUGCGACCGCGGAGGGUGGCAGGACGCUCAGAGAACUGAACGAACGGUUCAACAGAGUGUCCCAGGCUGCUCAGACCUGGGAUCAACGACUGCAAGAAGCAGUCAGAUGCUGGACCAAGUUCAAAGAAUGCGAGAGACAAGUCUCCGAGUGGCUGUCGGUGGCGGAGGCGAUGAUCAGCGACAAGCACACGGAUAACAGACGCUCGAUAGAGUAUCACAAGAACUUUUUUAGCAUCGUAAACGAGAAAUGGGUUCAGGACUUUGUAAACGCCGGACAAGAUCUAAAGAAUAUUCUGCCCGUUGGGCAGCAAGCUCCCAUCGCCGAGGCGGUCGAGGCGCUUCAAAAACGCUGGAAGGAAGUGCUCACGUUCGCGCCUCUUCAUCUUAUGAGACUCGAGUUCCGUCUCGACGAGACAACGUUCCUACAGUACCUCAAAGAAAUCGAGGUUGAGAUCAACUCCGAACAGCAAGCUCUCAUGAAGAACGACAACGUGGAAAGCAUACUCCAUCGAAACAGAGAGUUUUUCGUGAACCGUGGCACGAUGAUGGAGGUCGAGAAAUGUUUGGAAACUUUGAAAAAGAUUAGCCACGCGUAUAGUAAUCUGAAACCGAGCGACACCAGUCUUUCCGAAGCAGCGCAAAACGCCGAACGUCUAUGGGAGUAUUCUGCUCAGAAAGUGGAAAGUUUGAGGGAGCAAUUGAAGCAAGUGCCUCAACAAUGGGCUGCUUACAAAAAGAAAUUCGACGAGAUGGUCAGAUGGAUGGAUCACGUGGACAGUAAUCUCAGAACCAUACUGCACGAAGUGAACACCUUGGAGGAAUUCGAGACGGAGAAAACGAUAUUCCAGAAAAUUUGCCGAGAAGCGGACAGCAAGCGCGAAGAAAUGAAGUGGUUGGUUCAAAGCCUGGACAGCUUGACUUCCAACCGAUUCGACCACGAAGCUCUAUCGGAACAGAAUCGUCUGGAACAGCUGAUAACUCGUUACAAGAACUUGAUACCAACGAUAGAGAUCACGAUGACGAAAACUGACAUUUAUUCGAAAAGCUACACCUACAGGAAAGAAGUCCGCGAGGUGUGCACGUUGUUGCACAAGGUCCGCGAGCAAUCAAAGAUCGACGUGGUAUCCGAGAGUCCCGAAAAUCUGCAUAGCGCGGUAUCCCACCAGGAAAUUCGUCUCAGUCAAUUGGAACAACAGAGAUCGAACAUUGUGAGCAUGCUGCAACGCGGCAAGGAUCUUCUAAAGGACCAACACGCGCCACCUUUCGUCUCGUUGGAAGUUCAGCAGCUCGAGUCCAGCUGGAACGACACGUACGGUCAAAGCGUGGAGACCCUCAAGUCCCUGAAGAGCUCGCAGAAGCUAUGGAACACCUACUUGAAUCAGAAGGAAGAAAUCCUGAAGUUGAUCGAGCAAGCCGAAGAAGAACUGAGGAAAAUCGAGUCGACUAGCUAUUACGAUGCUUCCCAAGUGUCUUCCGACCUUCAGAGCAAACAAGACUUUGGCUCGACUCUGAGAAAGACUGCCGAAGAAUUGCUUAAAAAGCUCCGCGAGACGUACGCGAAUCUAACAGACGUCGCGCCAACGGAACGCAAAGAGAUUCUCAAGAAGGAGAUCACGCACACCGAAAAGAGAAUGGAGACCACAUUGAAGAUCGUCCAGGAGAAGGUGGUUUAUCUUCAGGAACACAGUACCAGAUGGAACAAAUUCCAGGCAAAGAUGAACGAGCUACAGAGCUGGGCUCAACAAAGCGCUCCUCGAUCGAUCGCGGACACCGAACACUUGGCCACCACUCCGGAAGAGAUGGUUUACAGAACCGAGAGCUUGCAGAAGGAAAUCCACGAGAAGACCAAGACGCUCAAGUUCCUGGAGGAGGAGUCGCGGAAGCUCGUGAAAGGUGACAGCGAGAGCGGGCCGGGCAGGCAGCUACGCAACGACAUCAUAAACCUCGAGAAAACGCUCGAGAUGCUGAAGAAAAGUAUCGUGGUUCAGAAGGAAACGGCCGCGCAAAAUCUAGAAACAUGGAAGGAAUACGAAAAGGGCAUCCGUGAGCUGAAACCCUGGAUCGAGGAGGCGGAAUCGAAAGCAGCCACGAUGGGUAGCAAACCCACGACUCUGCCCCAGGCAGCCCAGAUGCUAGAAACCGCCAGAGCGUUCGAAACACGAUGCCAGCAACGCUUGCCGAAAAUUCAAGAGCUGUCUAUGAUCGGUCAAAGGCUCGCAGGGAAAACGUCAGCCUCGGACGAAGUAGACGCUGUGCAUACGCGUUGGAACGCUGUACACGACAUAGCCGUUCAGGCGACCACCAAGCUGGACAAGCUGGUCACAUCGUGGAACAGUUUCGAGUCCGAGAUCAAAGAGUUCAACGAAUGGUUGGAAAAGUCUGAAAAGAUGGUCCUCGUAGAGCCUAAUACCCAGACACCCGAAGUGUCGGUACUGGAGAAGGAAUUGACGCGUUUGAAGGACUUCAACAAGACGAUAUCCGAUCACCAGGCUCAAUUGAUAUCGCUCACGCAAGUGUCCGAUCACAUCAGCCACGGUUUGUCCCUCGAAGGAGCCUCCAACUUGAAGGCUCGAGUCUCCGAUAUCAAAUCCCGAGUCAGCAAACUGGCCGACACCGUCAGAUUACAGAUCAAUAAGGUUUCCGAUUCCCUGUUGGCGCGGCAAGAGUUCCAGAUGAAGAUCACCGAUUUCGAGAACUGGAUGUCGCGAUUGAGAUCGAACAUCGCGGAGAUCAGCGAAGCUACGGUGGACACCGUCGACACUAACCUCCAAGCUGUGCACGCUUACAUUCAAGAACACUCGGAGAAGCAGCCCAGUUUCGCGGCGAUCUACGACGAAGUGAAACAACUUUCGUCCAGAGGAUCGGUCGUCGAGGCGGCUGCCCUCGACGAAACCUACACUACAUUGGCGAAAAAGUACAAAGCACUGGAAGACGAUCUGCGAGAGAAGAAGAAGGGUCUGGAGAAGUGGAUCGAACUGUUGAGCUGGUUAAACGACGCGAACGGGCAGCUCAAUCACUGCAAGUACGAGGCAGAAGCUAGAAAGCCGACCGUCGCGGAUUUGGAAAGAUUCUCUUCGGAGUUGCAAUCGAUAUACGAUAAGAUAGAUGGCUGGAAACAGCACGUAUUACCCGACAACGCCGUGGGUAUACAAAUUCGCGACAAGCAAGGGAAGCCGUUGUCGGCCUCGGGUCUCUUGAACGACCUAGAGAACAAGGCUAUAGCUCUGAAGAACGAGAUAUCCGCGAAACGCGACAGGCUCGAGAACCUUGGCGCCAGAUGGACCAAUUUCCGAACGCUGCAGCAAAAUAUCACGGAAAAGAUACUGAACACGCAGACGGCUCUUCAGGAAACGGUUUACAACGUGGACUCCUGCAAAGAAUUGGCGCCUGCCGUGGACAAGAUCGACCGACUGAUCGAGGAACACCAGAAGAGAGAACAGGAAAAGGAAGUGCUCCACUUCGAAGGCAGUUCCUUGAUGAAAGAAGAUCAAAGAUCGACGACCAACAUCCAAGUUGUCCUCUCUUGCGUCGAUGCUAAUUGGGAAAAGGUAAACGAACUUCUUCGAGAGCAGAGGAAAAAGUACGCUGACAUGGACACGGAUUGGAAGAUUUACGAGGAAGCCAGACAGAGGCUGAUAAAGUUCAUUGACGAGGCAAGAACUCUUUGCCAAUCCGUGAAGGGAGUUCCUUACGAUAUCACCCAAGCAAACAUCAAUUUGGAGAAGCACAAGAAGGCUUUGGAAGUGCUGAAAAAGGGUAAACAAUUCUUGGAGAAAAUGGACUCGAAAGCUCAACAGCUGACGAAGGAGGCGUCCCUGAUGCCCAAGUUUAAUUCGGAGUUGAUCGAAUCGGACCUGAACAAAGUUCGAGUCCAGUAUCAGGAUACGUACAACGACAUAAGUGAAAAAUUGCAGGCCUACGAAUCCCAGGUGAUCAUCUGGAAGCAGAUAGAAGAGUCAAAGUCCGAAGUGACAAAGUGGCUGACCAAUACCAACGAUGCUCUGACCACUGCCUGCGAUCGUUUGCUCGACGCGGAAAAUUGCCAGGCUAGAUUGGUAAGAUAUCGAGAGGAACUACCGACUUACCAGCAACUCUAUCAGAACGUCGUCGCAAAGAUCGGGCAACUGAUCAAAUUUAACAACGACGCGGACGUUCCUACCUUGAAUUCUUUGCGGAAAUUGUUGGACGACCAGUUCAAACUGGUCAAGAGCUCGGCGGACAAGCUAGAAUCCUUGACCUCGACCAUGAACGAAAGAGAGAGAGCAAUCAGACAGGAGAUGAAACGAUGCGGGGACCAGAUCUCCAAGAUCCGAGAAGACAUAAUAAAAUGCGACGACCUGACUGGCGAAAACACCAAGAUCCUUGGUCGAAUCAACAAGUGCCAGGAGCUUAAAACCGAAUUGGAACAAUGCGAUUACGCUCUGUCCAAGGUCGAAGAGACCCUGACGAAAAUGUCCACGGAAUAUCCGAGCAUUUCGCGAUCCAGUCUACCCAAGGAACUUCAAGCUCUGCAGCUUCGAAGGGACGGCGUGGCUAGUCACGCGAACAAGGUGAUCGCAACGUUGGUAGCGUUCCUCACCAAACUCUACCACGAAAAGUUCGGAGCUCUUCAGCGCAUGGUGGUGACCCUGAAGGAAAAAGUUGCUUGGUGCGAGCCCGAACAGAGCAGCGAUCGUUACAAUCUCGAAGUGAAAAUGGCCUCGUUGAUGGACGUGGAGGCCGGUAUUAUGGACUGCACCGGCAGAAAGGAGGACACCGAUGCUUCCUUGAAGCUUUUAGCGUCCGUCGAGAGCGCCGAAACGAUGGCUGCCCUCGAGGCUGAUCGCGAUAGAGUCGAUCUCGAUCUCGAGUCCCUCAAGUCCAGCUACGGAAAGAUUAAAAACGAUCUGGAACGGAACAUUGCUCUGUGGCAACGCUACGAGCUCACUUCCGAGAGCGUUCUGUCCUGGUUGAAAGAGAACGAGAACAAGAUCAGAGCCGAGGCGUCGGCGCUGCUCAAUAUCAACGACAUCGAGGAAAAGAUCGCUGAAAUGACCGAUAUGCAAAACACGGUUACGGAAUAUCAGACCGAAUUGAAGGAGCUUUCCGCCCUCGCGGAAGACAUCACGAAAGUCAGCUCCGAGUCUAGAGUGAAUCAGUACAUAGGGCAUCUAAACACUCGAUACGAAUACGUGGUAAAGUUCUUGUCCCAACACUUGGACAGACUGCGGGGACUAAAGGAGAACAGGGAUCAGUACGCGGCGAACAAAAAUAAGCUGGUAGCUUGGCUCGAGAACGCUGAGAAAACGUUGAAAGCCUUCGACGAAAUCACCGGGCCUAAACCUAUCACGUUUUAUCAAUCGCGGUUGAAGGAACUGAAAUGUUUCGUCGAGGAACGAGAAGUCGGACAAGCGAUCUUGAAUCGAACCGCCGAAGCGGGCGAAACUCUGUUCGCUAGGAUCACGCCGGAUCAGCGGGAAAUGAUCAGAGCCGAGUUGAGAAACUUCCGUAAUCGCGUGGACGCUAUGGCGGAUCGCGCCAACGUAAUCUACAAGAAGAUCGAGAGCGACAUGAUGCACAGAUCCUCGUUCGAGGACAAGUUCUUCCAAGUGAAGCAGUGGCUGGUGGACGCGCGGAACAAAUUGGGAGAGAAACAGGAUCUAUUGCCUACGCUGCAGGAAAAGAAACUAGCUCUUCACGUGUACAGAGCCGUCGCGCAGGACGUGACCGUUCACAAAAACAUCCUCCAACAGCUUCAAGAGAGGCUGAGUACAGCACCGGACGACGACGCGAGCGAAAUGUUGAGCAGCGUUAUCGAGGCCUACGAGAAGCUAUCGAACGAGGUCCAAGGGCGAAUAAACAUCGCGGAGAAACAUGUGUCGAACCACGAGGCGUACCUGCAAACGUUCGAAAAGACUCGCGAUUGGAUCAAUACCGUGAUAAACGAAGGCUCGCCGAUCAUCGAGGAUUUCUCCGUGGAACGAGACACUGCACAGAACAAAAUCGUUUCGAUAGAGAAUUUGUUGCAGCAGAAAGCGGAGGGCGAUCGAAUCCUGUUCGAGUGCAACCAACAACUGAACAUCGUUCUCGAGCAAACCUCUCUGCCGGGUCAUCCGGCCCUGCUGACCAACUUUGAGCAGCAGAGCAAAAUUUGGGAUGACUUCCUCAAGAGAUGCGUCGCCGCCAGAGACAAGUUGAAGCACAUGUUCGAUCAGUGGUCCGAGUUCGAGAAAAUCGUGGAAAGCUUGGAGGCCUGGAUCAAGCAAAUGGAGACUCAGUUGAAGGAUCAGAGUCUGAAAAGCACCGAGGAGGCAAAGAAGGCCCAUCUUCGGAAACUCAAGUCUUGGGAGGAGACUAUAAUCGCGAAGGGGUCCGAGUUCAAUGCUGUGAUCGAGAAGAGCCAGAGCAUAGAAGCCGAAGCAGAUCUGGCCAGAAGGGUUUCCAGGCAAACCACCAAGUACCAGGCCAUUAAAAAUCAGAUAAAGGAGGCCGUGAUGCGGUACGAGCAGUUCGUAAAGGAGCACAACACGUUCAACGCCAAGUACGAGCAACUGUUGCAAUGGAUCAAUGAUAUUCAGACCGAGUUGAAAAGGCAGAGCGAGAUCGUGGGCGAUUUGUCUGUUUUGCAAAGCAGACAAAAGCAAAUUCGCGAUCUCAGCGAUACCAGGACUAAGGAAAACGCUCGUUUCGAAUCGGUGAUCGAUCUAGGGGAGAAACUGUACGUUCACACGUCUCCGGAUGGCCGAGAAAUCAUCAGACAACAGCUGAGGAACCUGCGGACGCUUUGGGAUGGAUUUUCCGAGGAUCUUCAAACCACCAUGCAAAAAUUGGAUCAAUGCUUGAUGCACUUUGCAGAAUUUUGGUUGUCUUACGAGCAACUGAGUACCUGGCUCCGAGACGUGGAGCGCGCGGUACACCAGCACACGGAAUUAAAAUGCACCUUGGAAGAAAAGAGGGCACAGCUGCAGAAUCACAAAAUCAUGCAUCAAGAGAUAAUGUCCCACCAGUCUCUGGUUGAGUCUGUCUGCGACAAGGCUCAACAACUGGUGGAUCAGACCAAAGACACGUCUUUGAACGUCUUCCCGCCCUCCAUCAAGCAGCUUUUCCACAAUAUCGUGGCCAAGUCGAAGGACUUGCUAGAGAACCUGGCCGACUGCGUGGAAAAGCAUCAUCGAUUCAAUCUACAAGUGAAGAGCUUCUCCGAUUGGCUGAACGCCGAAAAGGAGAAGCUCGCAGAAUGCAACGACGUCACCGGAGAACGUGCAGACAUUUCGAGGAGACUCGCGACACUGGCGAUGCUCAAGAACGAUCAGAUGCAAGGAGCGGAACACCUUGGAAAGCUCAAGGAACUGAGCGAUUCUGUGGCUAAGAGGACCGCGCCGAAAGGAUGGGACGCCAUCAAUAAGGAAAUCACCGUUCUCGAGGGCAAUCUCCGUCAGUACUUGGCCGAAAUAGAAUCGGUGGAACAAAAGCAAAGAGCGGCAUUGCAAAAAUGGCAAGACUUUGAGGAUAAAUUGGAAGCGCACACCAAAUGGUUCUGCACUAUGGAGGCCGCGUUCAGAGAUCAACAAUUGCAACCUACUUUGCAAGAUAAGGAAGUUCGUUUGCGAGCUCUGAAGGAAAAACGCGAUUCUAUAUUGAAGGAAGAAUCCACGAUCGACGAGUUCGUCGAUAAAUCUCAUAGUUUACUCCACGCAAGCGGCGUUGAACGGAUCAAACCGAUGAUCUCUCAAAUUAGUAACAGGUAUCAACAGCUGCACGUGCUCAGCAAAGAGGUAGUUACUCGAUGUCAGAGUAUCGUCGACGACCACCGAGCCUACGAAGAAAAAUUGAAAGGUUUCGACGGCUGGCUCACUCAGCUGGAACAAAGUCUGUCGAGUCUGAAGAAAGACGAGACCGGUAGAAAUUUGGAAGAAAAGGUAUCGCGUCUGCAAAUACUUCUAGCCGAGAAGGAGCAAGGAGAACACCGCCUGGGCGGUCUGGUUUCUUUCGGAGAGAGGAUUCUUGCCGACACUUCGGCCCAAGGACGAGAACUUAUUCGCCACGAAUUGAGACAAGCUAGGGAACGAUGGGACAAGCUCGCGGAGGGAAUAGUCGAACAACAAAAGAAACAAGAUACUCAAUCUUUGCAGUGGUCGAAUUAUCAGGUGACUUUGCAGCAGAUCUUGGCUUGGCUGGACGCCAUGGAAAGAUCCGUGAAACAGGAUUCAUCCAUCACUUGGUCCUCCCUCCAGGAAAUUAAAUCUAAAUUGCUCAAGAGCAAGGCAAUGCAUCAGGAAAUCUUGGCCUACAAGCGCAUCAUCGAAGGCGUCUCCGAAAAGGCUAACGCGCUUACGUGCACCGUUCAAGCACCCUCCGACGCCCAGCAAAAGGCUGCCUCGGUCUCCGAAAGAUACGAAGACCUGGUCGACAUGUCGCAGAAGAACAUAUCGAACUUGGAGACCCUUCUGGACACGUUCCAACAAUUUUACGAUCUUCAAAAGUCCUAUCAGGAUUACCAGAAGCAGCAAUGGGAACAGUUGGCCAACUAUAGCGACUACACGGGCAACAAGACCGCUCUUCAGGCUCAGUUGACUAAAAUCAUGGAACUCCAAGACGGUCAGAGGGAAGGGGAAUUGAAGCUAAACAUUCUGAGCGAACACGUAGCGCAGAGUGCUCAUAAUUUGACACCGAGAUCGCUAGAGACCAUGGAAAGAGACCUAGCUACGUUGAGAUUCGAACACAAGAAGUUCGCCACUGCUGUGAACGAUAUCGUCCGAUGCAUCGAGGAAAGGAUUCAGCAAUGGAGCGAGUAUGAAAAUUCGUUGGAACGCCUGUUGGCCUGGCUGACCGACGCGGAAUCUUCUUUGAAGAAUUACUCUUUGAAGAACACGCUGGAUGAGAAGCAGGAGCAGCUUGAAAAGUACCAGGCACUACAAAAGACCGCCUUGUCGUGGGACACGGAAGUCACGGAACUGGUGGCCCUCGGAGACCACCUCGAUCAAAUGUUGAUAGUGAAUCUCCGACAAAACGAAGCAGAAUUUGACAGAAUGAGCGACGAGUCUUCGGAACUUAUGCAAAUCAGCGGCGAGACCAGAUUCUCCGCCAGCGUUCAACAGAUUACUUCUCGUUUUCAAUCCAUACAAUCUACCGCUAAGGAACUUGUUAAAAAAUGCGAGCAAGCGGUGGCGGACCACGCCGCCUAUCUAGAACGCUACAAGCAGUGCUCGGAAUGGCUAGCAAACACGCGAACAUCUUAUCAAUCCAUCAAGGACGACUUGAGCAGCGCUCGUCAGGAACUAGUCUCGAACGUGGCGACCCUGAAGGAUCUUCUGGGACGGCAAUCUUCGGCGACCCUCUUAAUAAACAACACGGUCGAGGCUGGAGAGCGAUUGUACCCAACGACUGGCAUGGAGGGCCGUGAAAUUGUCCGUCAGCAACUGUUGGACCUUCAGCAAGCCUUCGAGGAACUGUACGACAGCAUCUCGUCGACGGAACGCGAGCUUCAGUCGAAGAUAUCGCGAUGGUCCGGCUUCGACGAGUCGAACGAGGCGUUCGAAGAGUGGUUGAGAAGCAUCGAGACUCAGCUGAAACCGGAAAUAGAACUGAAGACGACACUGGACGAGAAACGGGCCCAGCUGCAGAUUUACCGCACGUUCCUGCACGACGUGCAGUCCCACCAACAGGACUUGCUCGAUCUCCGCGACAAGGCUGACAAUCUGCCAGAUUCUACCGACAAAGUGACCCAAACGUUAAAGAAAUUGAACGAAAGGCACGCAGCGGUACUAAAGCGGGCCGCGGCGUUCGUCGAAAGAUACGAGGGUAUCGUCAGCGAUCAUCAACAAUACAGCAAAGCCGUUCUGGACACUCACGAGUGGCUGGAUGCAACGCACAACGCGGUGAUAUUGUGGGGCGACACGGAACUCGAACGAGUGUCUCUGCACACGAACCUCGAUCGUCUCAGAAACCUCCUGCAGAGUUUGCCGGAAGACAAACCAAGGGUUCAGCAGAUCCGAACGCUGGGAGAGAAAGUGAUACCCGGGACUUUGGAGUCUGGCCAGAUCAACAUUCGCUCGCAGAUCGAUUCGUCCCAGCAGGAGUGGGAGAGUUUGGUCACCGCCGUCAAGUCCACCAUCGAGACGCUGGAGAACAAGCUUCAACAGUGGAACGAGUUCGAGACGUCCAAGGAACGAUGUCUCGCCUGGAUGAGGGAAACCGACACGAAGCUGCACGCCGUGGACUUGAAGGCCACGCUGCAGGAGAAGAAAGAUCAGCUGGAGCUGUUGCGCACUCUUCAAGGGCAGGUUCGCGCGAAAGAGCUGGAGAUCGACGCCGUGACGGAGAAGGCCCAACAGCUGCACAAAAACCUCACGUCUCGCACGACCCACAUGUCGGAGCUGAGCAUCAAGUACCAGCAAAUCUCGAACAAAGUGAAAGACUUGAACAGCCGUUGGCACCAGUACGUCACCACUCAUCAGGAGUUCGACAAUCAAGUGGCGGAGUGCACCAGGUGGCUGGACGACAUCAGGAAGAAGCUGGCCUACUGCUCGGACCUCGGUGCGUCUUCGCAAAAGGACCUGGAGAACAAAAUGGAGAUAGUACAGGACCUGCUGCUCUACAAGGAAGACGGAUUUGCCAAGGUUCAAGGAAUCGUGGAACUGGCUCAGGCCGUCCUCGCCAACACUGCACCGACCGGACACAAAGCUAUCAACGACGCGGUUGGAAAGCUUCAGGAACAGUGGAGCGCCUUAGCUUCCAAGAUGUUGGAGGCCAAGACCAACCUGGACGACUCCAUCAAUAAGUGGGCCGGACUCCUCGAGCAGAUACAGUCCAUGAACAAGAUGGUGGACUACAUGCAGACGGCUCUCAACGAUUUCUUACCCUUCCAGACGACCAUGUCCGAGAAGAGGUGCCAGCUGGAGUGCAUAAAGACCCUGGAGGAGAAGGUUCGAUGCGAAAACAUCGAAGUGGACAGCCUGAAAAUGAAAGUCGCGGAAAUGAUCGCCAGCGGACCGCAAGGCUUGGCCGCUUCCCAGGCGCAAAGUAUCUUGAACAGAUUCGACGCGCUGUUCGAGAAAAUCAAGUCGUUGCUGGCUGAACGAGAGGAGCAAUACAAGGAUCAUCGACUUUACAAGGAGGCGCACGACGAUAUCAUUAACUGGUUGAGCCGGUCUCGCGAGAAGAUCCCGUCGAUGAAGCAGAGGCCCCUCAGCGAUAAAUUGGCCAUCGAGAACGCCGUGGCGCCGUUGGAGAGCUUGUUGAACAAGAAAGCUCAGGGUGAGCUGCUCGUCGAGCAUUUGCAACAUACUGGAAAAGUUGUUUGCGCGAGCACGAGUCCGCAAGGGCAGGAAAUCAUUAAGAACGAGGUGCGCGCGCUUUCUCAGAGUUUCGAAGAAUUGUUCAAAGAAAUUAAACAACAAAAGGACCAGUUGGAACAGACGGUGAGCCAAUGGCGCGACUACAAGGACGAAUACGAGAGACUGAGCGAUUGGUUGCAGCAAUACGACAUCCUCAUAAAGGCGCAGAAGAACUCUCUGUUGCCGAACGUCGCCGAGAAGGAGAAACAGGUGCAAGAGGUCAAGGGGAUCCUGGAGAACCUUGUGAAGGGACAGGAGCAGAUCGACAAGUUCAACAGAACAGCGUCGGACCUUCUUUCGUCCCACUUGGGCACUUACAUAAACAACCAACUGCGUCAUUUGAAUUCGCGGUAUCAAGUUCAGGUGAACCUGGCGAAGGACGUGUUGAACAAGGUGGAGACGAACCUGGCCCAGCACAAAGAGUACGAGGCGAACCUGGCCAAGACACGCGCGUGGAUCGAGAACGCGAAACAGAUAAUUCGCAAAGGAACCGAGGCAGCGUCUACCAGCAGCCGAGAAGAAUUGCAGAACAGGUUGGACAACAUCCAGGAGCUUCUGAGGAAGCGAGAGGAGGGCCAAAACCUGGUGCACCUGACCGUAAACUGCGGCGAGAAGGUGAUGCGGAACACCAGAUCGGACAGUCGCGAGGAGAUCAACGGACAACUGAAGGAGAUCCAGAACGAUUGGGAGAGACUGGUGAAGAAAAUCUCGACGACCAAGGUUCACCUCGAGACGAGUCUCCUUCAGUGGGCGGACUACAGUUCCUCGUACCUGCAGCUGCAACAAUGGAUCAACGACCGGGAGGCCAAGUUGCAGCAAGUUUGCGAGCAGAAAGUGUCCAAGGCUAGGAAAGGCUUGGCUGGUCUGAGUUCUUUGGCGAUCGGCGAAAGGAAGGCCAACUUGAGACAAACGAAUAGCAUCGUUCAGGAUAUAGUGGCGUUCGAACCGAUGAUACAAUCCGUCACGACCAAAGCGGAAGAUCUUCGACAGGCAACGCCGGCCACCGAGAUCUCGAUCAAGUACGAAACCCUGAGCAAACAAGCGCAGGAGCUGUACGCCAAGCAGAAGGAGACCGUCGAGCAACAUCAGGCCUUCAUAGACAGUGGGAACGAAUUUAUCCAAUGGAUACGCGCGGCUAAAGAGAGGCUCGGAAAGUGCUCGGAGCCUACCGGUGACAAGGAGUCGCUGGCAAAUAAAAUUACGCAGCUGAAAGUGCUGCAGAGCGAGCUGUCCGAGGGGCAAAAGAAACUCGAGCACGCCUUGGAACAGGGCAACGCUGCCUGUCAAAUCGCAGACGAGGAGGACAAGGAAAUAAUCGAGGAAGAAGUAGCGUUGUUGCAGGAAGAGUACGACAGCUAUGUGGAUUCGCUAAACAACACCAAGAGUUUGCUAGAGCUAGGAAUAGUGAAGUGGACCGAGUACGAGGACCAGUUCUCCGAAGCUACCGAGUGGCUCACGCAAACCGAGCAAUUGGUGCAAUCGUUCAAUAAAUUGCAAGACAGCCUGGAGGAGAAAAAGAACGUUCUCGAACAGUUCCAGAUCCACUUGCAAACCUUGUUCGACUGGCAAAAGGAACUCGAUCGUUUGAACAUGAAAGCUCAGAUGUUGCUCGAGACCUGUGCCGACACAAGAAUCUCAAACGCGAUCACGCAGCUCACUACCAAAUACAAUGCGCUAUUGUCGCUCGCGAAAGAAAUAAUGAGACGCUUGGAACUGCAUUACCAAGAACAUCAACAGCACAACACGUUGUACCAAGAGUGUCAGGAUUGGAUCGAACGAACGCGCGACAAACUCGGCGAGUGCAAAGAGAUUCCAAACACGCUGGUCGAGGUGAACAACAAAUUGCACACCUGCAAGACCAUCAGGCAGACCCUGGAACAGGGUCAGAACAAGCUACGGUACGCUCUCGAGUUGAAGGAAAAAGUGAUCAUGAACACCGAGCAGAACGGGGCAGCGAAGAUUCAGGAAGACACCGAGAAUCUGAAGACAGAGUUCGAGAAGCUGCUGGUCAACGUCGAGGAGAUCAGACAGAAGCUGUCGGCGAGAGCCACCGCGUUGGAAGAACUCAACAAGAUUCAUCGACUCACCACGGAUUGGAUCGAAGAGAUCGAGGGGAAGAUACAGCCGGGCGAGAUGUUCAAGAACGAUCUCAGCGAGAAACGCGCGGUCCUCGAGAAGUAUAAAACGGUUCAAAGAGAUAUCCAAGGCCACGGCGAUACCGUAGAUCGUCUGAAAGCCCGUCUCGCCGAGGACUCGAGCAUCCCCGCCGGUCCUUACCAGUCUACCUUCGCAAAGUACGACCAACUGAAUAAACUCAUCUCCGAGAAAAUACGCAAUUUGGAGAAGCAGGUGAACGACCACGAGAAAUUCCAGCAAGCACACAACGAAGCGGCCGACUGGGUCCGUCACGCGAAACUGGAACUCCAUCAACACUGCGACACCCACGGUGAGAAGGAACGGAUCAUCGAAAGGGAGAACAAGGUCAACCAGAUCAUCGCCUCGCUUCCUAGAGGAGAAACUUUGAUCUCCAGAGUGAUAGAGCUCAGCGACGCCGUGAUUUCCAGCACCGGUCCGGAAGGUCAAGAAGCCAUCAGGCAGGACAUGAAGCAGCUGCAAACCAACUGGAAGUCCCUGCAAGCCCAAUGCUUCGAGUCUCGGAAAACCUUGUCCAACUGCAUCUCCAGUUGGUCCCAGUUCGCUGCUGCAUUGGACAGCAUGAAGAGGUGGAUAGAUCACUUCCAGAAGAAGGUGAACGACGAGCAAUCGAAAGAGAACAACACCCCCGAGGACUUGGUGCGCUGCAAGAGUCUGGUGGAAGAAGCUGUCCAACAGAAGCCUGUUCUCGAGGACCUGAACGACAAGUGCGAAGCCUUGUUGGAGAUGAGCGCGUGCAGCUGGGCACGCGACAAGACCGUGCAACUGCAAUCGGCUUACACGUCCUUGUUGACCGACAUGCAAGGUUUGGUUUCCAAGGUGGAGAAAAAUUUGUCGGACCAUACGGAGUUCCUCAAGGCAAAGAAAGAGAUGGAAGAUUGGCUGCGCGUUGCCCGCGGCUCGGUACAGGAUUGCAUGGGUGUCGGAGACGCUGAAUGGGCAAAGGAUAAAUUGGAGACCAUUAAGAUCGUCGCGACGCGAAUCACCGAGGGUCAACACCUGCUCUCGACGUUGCAAACUGCCUUCACCAAAGCGAUCGACACGGCGGUGCCGGAACAACAGGAACAGUUGAGAUCGGACAUGGCUGGACUGCGCUCCAGUUGGGAGCAGCUCAGCAUCGAUCUGAACACGGUUCAGGCUCAGCUCAAGUCUCUCUUGAGUCGCUGGGACGAUCACGCUGAGGCUCGCGAGAAGCUCAAACACUGGCUGGAAGAAACCGAGAAGAGCAUGGAGGAACUACCGGAUACCAAGGGAGAAUUCGGCGACAUGAAAACGAUGUUGGAACGGUACAAACACAUCCAGGAGGAAGUUCGCGGGAAGAAGACCGAGCUGGAUCAUCUGCUGGAGGAAGCGAGCGAACUGUCGAAAUUGGCAAAGAACAACAGACCGUUGGAUCGAACGAACAAACUGUUGAAACGUUGGGAGGACUUGAACGAGCGCGUAGACGAUCGGAAGAAGCUGAUCGAGAACGAGAUGCAAGAGUACAACUCUUACUACGCAGCCUUGCAAGAAACCGAGAAGUGGUUGCUGCAGAUAUCCUUUCAGUUAAUGGCUCACAACUCUCACUAUAUUACGAGCAAGGAGCAAACCAUUAGCCAGAUCAAGCAACACGACAGCCUGUUCGAGGAGAUCGAGGCGUACACGAACGUAUUGGAAGACCUGAAGAUGAAAGGCAAUGGCCAAAUCGGUCGCUACGUGGCCGCGAAUCCAGAAAUUAAAACCGUCAUCGAAUCUCAACUACUGAACGUGCAGCAGAGCUACAAUUCUCUGUUGAACAUCGUGUUGCAGAUUAAGAAACGAUUAGCGGAAUCGUUGGUGAAGUUCCAAGAGUACGAGAACACCCUCGAGAGCAUCAUGAAGAACUUGGACGCGUACGAGCCGGAAAUCGCGCAGGAGAUGGAAGCACCUAUGGACAGUCUCGAUCAAGCGAAAGAAAGAUUCGAGAACGCUCGUGUGUUGCACAACAAAUUGCAAGCCGAGAAGACACGAUUGGCCUUGGCGGUCGAAGCUUGCGAGGCUGCGGUAGCUUGCGUUUCCAGGCCUGGAAGUCCCCUCGAUGCUCCGCCCGUGCAAAUUCCAGCGAGGGAGGUCGAAGUUCGGACCAAACUCGAAGAUCUGAUCGAUCAGGCGCAGGGACACCUGAUGAACGUGACAAAGGCUGUGAACGAGCUAGAAGAGCAAACCCGACAGAAGAACGCUCUCCGCACGUGGAUAAAUCAACAACGAGCACUCUGCGCCGAGUGGAAGUCCCGACCAGCAAAAUUGCGAUCAGAGGCGGCACACGCCGAGCUGCAAGCGAUGAACGAUCUCUUCGGAAACGUUGGAGAACGACGAACUCACGCCAUGACCGAGCUGUCGAUUCACGAGGACGAUCACGACAUCGAGGAAGGCCUGGACAAACUCGAGGCAGAGCUGACGGACGCCAUCGCCGGGAAACAAGCGGCCCAGGAGCUGAUACAGAAAUACCGAUCGCAGGUGCAGAACAUUCAGUCCUGGUUGGAUGCGCUGUCCAAGAAAGUCGACGUGAUCGAGAAAGGCAACGGGCAGACGAUCGGCCAGAAGAUUGCGAACGUGCAGGAAAUCACGUCAGAGUUCGAGUCCCAGGGACCCGGCAGACUGAACGAAGUGAAGAACUUGGGCGACCAGGUAAUGGACUCUGUGAGCAAUUUGGAUUCUCAGCAGAUAGAAGAGCAGAUAAAAUCGGUCGAGAGACGGUACGCCGACACCGCUAAGAAGCUGCAGAGGAAGGCGCAGGUGUUGGACAUGACCGCCCAAGGCAUCGAUGCUACCCGACAGGAGAUUGAGGAGAAUCGGGAUUGGAUUCAGCUGAAGAAACAGCAGGCACAGUUAUCCGAGCCUGUGGGAUACGACAGCAAGCUGGCGGAGGAGAGACUCCUUGCUCUGAAGGCAAUGCUGAAGGAAGCCGAAGGGAAGCAAAUGGUGAUCGAUACCCUGGAAAAGCGGGUUGGAAACAUGCAGAACGAGUUAGAGGCCAACGAGCAGCAACAGCUGGAAAACGAGACGAAGGCCUUGCGAGGAGAACAGGCAGAGUUGUGCACCAUCCUGACAGAAGGAAUUUCCAGCGCCACGGCUGCAGCCGAUGCUCGUCGGAAAUUCGAGAAUGAACUGGAGCGAGCCAGAGCUUGGAUCAAGUCCAAGAGCAACAACUUGAAGAAACUGACCGGCUACCUGCCUCUGAAGGCAGUCAAAGUCGAACAGGACAUCGAACAGCACGGCGAAUUGGAAGCCGACAUCGAUUCCUUCAGCGAGAAGGACCUGAACGACGCUUUGAAGCAGGGAAACAAUUUGCUGAAGGAGUGCAACGACGAGGAUCGAGCCAGGCUCGAAGCUAUCUUGAACGAGCUGAACAACGACUACGAGGAACUUAAAAGCGAAGCGAAGGAGAAGCAAGCGGCACUGGCGGAUCUUCUUCAGGGUCGGAAAUCGUUCGAGAACGAGAUAGACAAGUGUCAAAGGUGGAUCAACGAGGCCGAAGUAGCUACGUCUUCGGAUCUACGAUCGUCCAGCAUCGAUAUUCUGCGGGAACAGCUUGCCAAGUACGAUCGUCUAAAGAAGGAGGCGAACGAGUACGCGGACGACAUCGAAAAGAUCAUCCAACAAGGAAAGUCGAUCCUCCCCACUGUGAGCGAUGCUGACAAACUCGAACUGAACGAACAACUGCAAAACAUGAAGGAAGCGCACGGAAGAGUGGCUGGAAUCAUAAACGAGAGAGCUCUGGCUCUUCGGAAGAACAUCGACGAGGCCGAGGAAUCGUUGGCACGAGUUGCCGAGGCCGUACAGUACAUGACGGACGUACAGAAAGAGCUUCAGGAACUGAAUAAACCUAUCGGUGCACGGGUCGAAGACGUCGAAGCCAUGCUGGACGCUUACGAGAGAAUCCUGAACGACCUGAAAGAGAACAAGGCGAAACUGUCGGACUUGGGAUCGGUCAACGUCGCCGAUCUCCACGGCGUGCUGACCCAACAAGACGACCUGAUGAAAGCCAUCGAGUCGCAAAUAGCGAAGCUUCGCCAAUUGCUUCUAUUGCGACAGCAAUUCAUCGCUCUGAUCGCCGAAAUCACCACCUUUAUCGCCAAGUACACGGAAAUCGUUCGAGACAUCGAGACCUCCGGUCUGACUACGGAGGAGAAGAUCAAGAGGUACGACGACGCGAUCCUGAAGAUCCAAGAGUGCGAGGCAACCCUGGCCAGCGCGACGGACAAAGGCCAGCAGAUCGCAACGGAGGGCUCGACCGUAGACAGAAACAACAUAACCGAGCAAUUGCAAUCCUUGAAGCAACAACUGCAAGCUCUGAGGAGAGCCGUGGAGACACAGAGAGAACAACACGAACUGGCAGCGGCGGAACACAAGAGAUUAGCUAACGAACUGGCCGAGAUUCUCGAUUGGCUCGAGGAUAAGGAGAAGGAGGUAAAGUCGAGGCCUCUUCUGGAAAGGGAUCCAGCCAAUGUCGAGACCGAGCUGCAGAAGCACAAAGAACUCUGCGAGGCUGUCAACGAACACCUCGACAGAAUCAAGAACCUGAAGAAUUCUAUACCGUACGAGGAAGGAAUGCCCGGCUCGUUGAAGGAAAUGCUCAGCGAGGCGGUGUCCUUGUUGUCUUCUUUGCCGAGGGAAAUGGAAGAGCGCGGAAAUUACCUGGAAAAUAACAUGAAAAUGCGUCUGGAGUACGCUGCGCUCACCGACAAACUACGCGGUUGGGUUCGCGAAGCGGAGAUUCGACUGGAAAGCGACAAGGAUGGACUCGAUUUCGAAAACAUUCACGGCGAUCUGGAGGAGCACAAGAUAUACUUCAGCAGCGAGCCAUCCAUGCGAGAGCUCGUGUCUCAACAGAUCCAACAGGCGGCAGAUAAAAUAUGGCCGUCGUUGACCACCUCCGAGCAAGAAGAGUUGAGCGCCGAACAACAACAACACACUCAAUUGUUGAAGAACACACUUAACACCGCAAAAUCGCAACGCGCCAGACUCGAACAAGGCGCCGAAACAUGGAGAGAUUACGCUCAAACCCUGGAACGGGUUCGAGCUGUCGUCGCGAGGUCAAAGUUCACGGACGAGCCUGUCACGACUUUGGCCGGUCUGCAGUUUAACAUUCAGAAAAUCACCCACGCGCUCAACGACAUACAGAACCAGCAGUUUGAACUAGAUCUCCUAAACGAACGGGGUCACGAAGUCCUCCGUUUGGCGAAUGCCAACAACAAGAAGACGAUAGAGGCUCAAAUUUCCGAGAUCGGUGCCGAAUGGAAAGAGUUGGUAUCCGGUUUGGAGGGUCGCAGAGAUGCUCUCGAAGCACUUUCGAAGCAUUGGGAGGAGUUGGAGGCGCAAUGGUCCCUGAUCGAAACGUGUGUAAAUGCGAUCGAAGAGAAGAGCAAGCUUGUGGAUACGGUGGUUCGAUCUAGACAGCACUUGCUCGACACCAUCAAAGCUUUGCUGGAACUGGUGACGGAAGCUGAAAAAUUGAAACCAAUGACGGAGGAAGUAAAAUCUCUGGUAGGACCCGUUCUAGCUUAUCUCGCAGCAUUCACCGAAGCCCCGGCGCACGCACUCGAGAAUAAGCUCAACAAAUUGCAGAAUUCCGUCGAAUCGCUCGUUGACUCCCUGCAGACGAAAUCCAAGAAAGCGGACGAGGACUUGGAGGCGUUCGAAAGCACCGAGCGUGAGAUCGAUCAGUUGAGGAAGCGUCUGAACGAGGCGCGAGAUCGCGCCUCGAUCCUCUACGUGUUCGGGCCGGAUCAGAACGCGACCGAGGAAGAGCUAGAGAAACUACGCACGGACAUCGAGGAGCUUCUCGACGCCGCGAAGGAUUUCUCAGGAAGCACUAAGGCGCGGUACCAAGCUAGCCAGCAGCUGGUCCCAAGCGAUCUUGCCCAGCAUCUAACAGCCCUAGAGCUCUGCGCUGAAGCGACCGCGCAGGUCAUGGAGGAGAAACAGAGAGAACAGAAACGAGCCAGAACCGUCAGGUCGGAUUAUCUGACCGACCUGGACGAGGUUCAGGCAUGGAUACGCCAGGCCGAGCUAAAGGUGCAGGACAGGUCGGUCGAGCCUGGCCCUCUGAAGGAACAGCUUAAGCAAGUUCAGGACGAGAUGGCCACCAUCGCCGACAAGCUCGAACGACUAACGAGAAACGGCCGUUCUAUCGCGGAGAACACGAGGGACGAGACCGAAAAGCAAUUGAUCCUCAGCACCAUUCACAAUGUCACCGAACAGUUGAACCAGGUCAGGAGUUGGCUGGACGAGAGGAAGCAAGUGGUGGCCGAUACCUUAGACGGCUGGCAACGAUUCAUGUCGUUGUACGAGGCCGUCAAGGCAUGGACCGAGGAGAAGAGACAGUUCCUAGUCGAGCCCUUGAAGCUCACCACUCUUGCGCAGACCAGGCAGAGGCUGCACGAGUACUCGACAGCCGUGAAAAGCUGCAAGCAGAUGAACAAGAAUCUCAGCGAUAUGGGAAAAGAACUCGAGAGUAUCGGUCAGGUUUGCUGCGUGGGUGACUUGCCCGAAAAGCUGCUCGAGGCGGAGGAGGGCAAAGUUCAGGUCGAGGGUCAACUGUUGGAAAGGAACGCUUUGCUGCAAGAAACCAGCGAAGAAUGGGAACAAUGCGAGAAAAAGAUGAAGGAAGUGAAAACGUGGAUCGAGAAGGCGAGACAGAGCCUCGAAUCGCCGCAGAGUAAAAAGAAACCGUUGCGCGACCAGCACAUCGUUCGAGAGAAAAUGCUCAGCGACGUCGCGAUACAGAAAACGAAAAUCAGUAUAUCGAUGGAGAAGCUUCAGGUUCACUUCCGGUCGGGAAUAGGCGGCGACAGUCGAAUCGGCGAGACGGUAGACGAACUCCUGGCCGAUUUGGACAGUCUUCAUAACACCGUGAAAGAACAGACGACGUCCCUAGAGGCUUGUUUAAGUCAAAUCGAUCAAUAUCAACAGGAAAUACAACAGUUGAGGCAGCAGAUCGUACAGGUGGAGCAGCAACUGAGGACAGUACUCAGCCCAACUUACCUUUCCAGCGACAAGGAGAAAGCUUUGCAGGAGCAACAGAGCCUGCAGCAAAGGAUGGACGAUUGGAAGCUGCGCACCAAGACACUGCUGGAUCAGAUUUACGCCGUGGACCCGUGCUAUGUACAGAGCAACGAGUGCAGGCCGACCGGUCAGAUCUCGUACGCGGACAUCACGGCCGGUCGUUCCAGCCCUAAUUCAAGGGGCUCUAGCCCGUUCAGAAACCCGCGGGACGAGGCAGCCUCGUCUUCGCCGCUCGCGAUUCAGGUGCUGAAACCGUCCGUCCAGAAACCGAUCGUCGAUCGAGCACGCCACGAUUCCACCAGCCGAGUCGCUGGCAACGAGGAUCGGACGAAGAUCGAGGCCGCGGCCGCGACCGAAGAACAGAAGGAGUCCGAAUCUCGGGCGCAGACCCGACACGAAUCCAAGAUGGACGCGAUGGACGGCGCGCCUAAACACAGGCCCAACUCGAGGAGAGCCGCUUUCGUCAAGAAGGACGCGGCAGAGCCGAUCAAUGAGCCGAUUAACAACGUGUCUUCCACGGAGACGGUCAACGCUCCGGAGACUCUUCGGCUGACCGAUCGAAAGGUGGAGCAACUCACCCUGAAGAACACGUUGACGCCUCGGGAAGAGAGGAGAGGAAGAUCGGCCAGUCCCAUUUGGAUGCCUGGCUUCACCUCCUACGCCGAUAUACUUCGUGGGCAGGCGAACGCGUCGCCAAGCCCCUCGGUAGAGCCGACCAAGACCAAGGACUCUGCGAUCGAGACGACCUGCCUGGAGAACGAAAAAGUCGAACUUGGCGUACCGUUGGUCGAGAUCGAAGAAAGCGUAGAAUCGAAUCAGCAGGCAACGGAGAGCUAUCGACACCGACCGGAAGUUUCGAGCACCGUGACGCCUACCGAGGAAGAGCCGGAGACGGAACCCGGUAGCUGGGCCGAAGAAUCCAUCGAGGAUUACGAUCUGUUAAACGAAAAGAGUUACGAGAAUUUAACUGGUACGCAGCAAGUUCCCGAGGUCUACAACUACGUUCAUCCACCAAUGCCAGAACUGGUUGGCUUCAUUGGUUCCCAGAUCGCCUAUCCGGUCAGUUCCUACGUCUACAUGCCGACUGCACCUCCUCCUCAGCCAAUGGCUCUGCCCUGUUACGACGGCCAGAUAGCAUUCCCUACGGAACCGUACGUUGCACAGAGUACGUACAUCCCAGAGACGGAGCUUUAUCAGCAGAACCAAGCGCAGAAACAACCACAGAGGCAACAAUCGAGAUUUAAGAACCCUGGUAACCCUUCUGUCGCGAUCCAGAACGUGGAGGAGAAGCGCGUCCCUUGUCAAACGUCGUCGAUCGCGAAUCAACAACCUAUCGUUCAACCGGUUCAACCCGUCGAACCUGAAAAACCGGUAGAAUCGGAAGCACGAGAAUCUGCGUCUACUCCGGAGGCGACAGCAGCCAGAGCAAAAGCUCAGACAGAUAGUAAGACGUUCUCGUACGCUCAGAUACUGUCGCAGGGUUUGAAUUCUCGCGCAACCUCGACGACCGGUUCGUUUUCUACGACUACGACCAAUCUGCCGUUGAAACGGGCCAAGGAACGGUCUCGUUCGCCGACGAAUUCGACGACGUCCUCGGUGCACGAAACGACGCCGCCGCAGCAGGAAGCCCAAAAGGGAACCCGAGAAUCCUCGGUGACUAAACAAGAGGUCAGGCAAGAGGAAACCGCGUGGGACACGACCAAGAAACGAGACACCAAAAAGAUUCAGCAGGAGAAACCGAAAUCGAAGACGAAAGAAGAGAAGACGAAGAAGAAAGUUCGGAAAGGGCCCGAACAGCCGAAAGAAAAGGCUCAGAAGGAAAAGGUAAACCUGUCGAUGAUGGAAGUCGAGGUGAAAGACCAAAUUUCUCUGGAGAAAAUUGUUAGUUCUACGAAGAGCGAGGAAACCGAAGCUCGAAACGAGACCAAAGAUAAUCCUAGAAAGAAGAAACAAGCUGACGUUCUACAAGAGAAACAGACGAACGUUCAACAAGAAAAGCAAAUCGUUGCUCCGCAAGGAAACGCAUCGCAGGAGAAGAAACGGAAGGCAAAGAAGAAGAAAACGGAGAAAUCGGUCGACGAUGAGAUCGAGAAAGCUCUGAAGGAGAUCGAAGAUAUGGACAAGCAAAAGUCGAGAAAUCAGAGAGACAAGUCGAAGGAACAGGCAAAGUUUAAAGACCCUCCUCGCUCGACGCCCGAGAAGAUCAAAGAGGAAACCGAAAAGAAUAACCCAAAGACUAACGAGAAGAAGAAACCGACCAAGUCCAAAGCAGAAUCGAAGGCUAAAGAUGCGUCGCCAAUUAUAGAGGAAACUACGGAGUCUCGGAUCAGCACGAAGGAACAGUUAAAAUCGAAAGACGAUGCGAAAGGAAAGAAAGAAAAUAAGUACAUCGAUAAAGUUAAAGAGAAAGAAUCGAGAAUCGAGACCCAGCCGAUCGAUACGAAAAAGUCUGAAGCAAAAAUAGAUUCGAUGGGUGAAAUCGUGUUGCUGGAGGAGCUCGAUUCGAAAGAAAAAAAAUCGCAAAAGGAAUCUACGUUUAAGAAAAAGCAAAUGGGGAAAGAUCAAGAAAACGCAGCGAAGGAAAAAUCUAAUAAUGAUACCGCGAAGCCAACUAAGCCUGAAAUCUGUAUGGAAGAAACAAAGAAAUGUACAUCCACCGAUGACACAACGAACGUAGAAGCCAAGAAAGAAGAACAGAGCGAUACAGACCAAGCGAAGAUACAAGAAUCCAAGUCGCCUAAAAAAGAUAACGUAUCCGAACCGAAGGAUAAAGCCCAAACUGAGUCGAAAGAAAAGGUUGAUGCUAAAAUCAUGGAGCCAAUAAUAAAGUCCAAGGAACAAGAUAAUGCGAAAAAGAUCGUGACCAAGGAAAAUGCCAAAGGGAAGGGUAAAAAGGCAAAGCAAGCGAACGAGCAAGAUGGCUCGAAGGAGCAGACAUCGAAGAAAUCGAGUCAGCGAAAGAAUCCUCGAGAGAAGACGGCAGAGCAAUCUACGCAGAAAGAAACUGUCAAGCCUGGCGAGAAACCGGAAACCCAGAAAGCUACGGUAGAGGAAGUAGUAGCAACCGACCAUGAGGAAAAAGAAAAUAAAACACCUGAGAAGGAAGUUUCUGAAACGGAUCAGGGAAAAAUUGUGGUGGGUGAAGGUGAACCGAUCUCCGAGAUUAUUACAACCGAAGGAACAAAAGCAAAUGUUGCGAAUCAAAUAGAAGAUAGCGUCAAAGAAGAAAUCACAGUGAUGCAAAAUGAAGGAAAGUCUAAGGAAAAUGUUAGUGUACCGGAUAAACUCGAUGAUGUGAAAAUAGAUAGAAAACAGACGACUGAAAGAACGAUUCGCGACAUCGAUCCUACAGAAAAUAUCGCUACGCCUGAUAACGAUGGUAAAGAAUCUAAUUUGUCUGGCUCGGAGGCACCAUCCAGCCCAAAACCCGAUACUGAGAGCCAAGUUGUUACCAACGAAAAGAAGGAUGUUAUCGAUCUUAAAGAGGUUCCACGGAAACCUGACGAGGAAACGAAAGCAGAGAUAUCUGAACAGAGGAAUCGACCGCUCGGGACACCAUCCAAGAUUAAGAAACCGAGUAAAUCGAAGGAGAAGGUUGUAACGGAAAAGAUUGCGCCAACUUACAUCGUUGAGUCUAAAGAGGAGCCCAAAACUAGUCAGCCAAGUACACCAAAGCUGGACAAGAAGAAGAAAAAGAAAGUAGUAGAUUUGGAUGCAGCAUCACCGCCGAUUCUGACGGAUGAACCUGAUGUUACCUUGACAAAACGCACCGAAAUAGUGUCUGAAACGGAAUUUAAUAAAGCUGAGACGAAAGUUUCCAAGGUAGUGACCGAAGCAGAAACAGUGUCGUCUAACGUGGAAACUGUAAAACCCGUUGACGACAAUGAGAAAGAAACUUUGAAAGAACCGCUUAAAGAUGUAGCAGUUACGAAUACCAAAAGCGAUUCUAUGAAGAAGAAAUCGAAAGGAUCUCGCACUACCGGGUCUAACGAGUCUGAAUCGAAAGGUUCGGUAGCCAAGAUGUCGAAGGAAGAAGAAAUCGGUCAGGAGGAAUCGCGAGGCAACGCGUUCGCCAUCGAAAAGAUGCUGACUACCGUGACGACCACCACCAGCAAUCCUGGGUCCGUCGAAGUGAAACCACCCAAUGUACAAUCCGUUAAAUCCGUAGAGAUCUUAGAAAGCAUCCCCUUACCCAAGAUCGUAGGCUCCAAACCGACCGAACUAAUCACCCUACGUCCCGAAACAGUAGAAGCUAGUCUAACCACCAGAUAUGCUAGGGUAUCGGAUGAUUCAGCCGUUGGUAUCCUUCCGAAAGCGUCGUUAGACACAUUAGCAGACUCCGAGAAAUUAAAUUCCGAUUACGCGAUCUAUAUAGACAGACUAUAUACCGACGAUGAUCAGCCGGUUCUGUUCGGUAGCGUUCAGGAUAGGAAGAGAGGUCGUUCUGGGGCACCGUUGUCGCCAAAAUUGAUAGAGGGCUCGAAAGGUGAAUCGAAAUUUGGUGUAGCGAAGGAACAAGGGCCAGAUCCAAACGUUCCGCAAGGUAAAUCGAGUGAAAUUAAUGUUAAAACGAUUCAGGCUAAACAAUCUGACGAUAUCGUCGAAGCAAAAUGCACAGGUACGUUGGUAUCGAAAGAUGAAAAUAUAAUUGUGGAAGGGAAGCAAGAAGGUAGUACGAAUCUGGACAAAAUUGUUGUUUCAUCGUCUUCCACUGGGAAAAACUUUAUUCCAGACGAAGAAAAGGAGGUGAUUGUUGUUGAACGAAUAACAUCCGAUGCGUCGAGUCAGCCUAAAACUUGUGCGAAAACAAAAGAUGUCUCCUCGCACUAUUACGAAGACUUGGUUAGACCGUAUUGGUUGAAUUAUCAUUCGUACACCGAAGCGGAAAGUGAUUUCCAUCGACGCUUUAAAGUAGUUGAAUUAGUAGAAGAAAACUUACCUGCUUCUGCAGCUCCAAGAUCGGCGAGCAUCGAGAGAAUCGUCCAGGAAUCGGUCAUGAAGAAGCCUGAUGAGGAAAAGCCAGCCAAAGAAGAAAUAAGUCGAUCUGAAACGGAAUUUAGAAAAGAUGCACUGGUUGCAGAAUCUGUGAAAUAUCCAAUCAGUACGUUCUGCGAGUUGGAGUCUCAGUGGGUGAAAUCUAAACUAGCCGAAGAGAAGAAGAUCGCAUCUGUUUUAUUGGAAGAAGCUGAAACGAUCGUUGAUCAAACGCAGAAAGAAGAAAAACAACGACCAGAAGCUACAGAUAAAAACGAAGGAACGGUCAAGAUAACUGAAGUAACUGAGAAAUCAUUAGAAAUUGAUAUUAAUAAAGGCAUUACAGAUAUUACUAAAAAGGAUGCAACGAAAAAUGAAUCGUCAGAAAAGAUUCUGAAAGACGAAACAGUGGAGGAUUUAAAUUCUACAGAUCUAAAAAUUGCAGUAAAUACAGAGAAUGAGAUGCAGUCUACCGAUGCACCAGUCGUUAACGAUAAUACGAACAAGGAACUUUGUACAACAAUGAAAGAAGAAGAAGAGGAAAAGAUACAGCCUGAAGAAACAAGAGUCGAGGCAAAGAUGACUCUUGAAGUAGAAAAAGAAAAACAACCAACCGGCGAGGGAAAAGAAAUGACGAUGGAAAGUAAAAUUAUGACAGAAGAAAAUGUUGCGGAAGAGAAACUGUUUCUCGAUAAAACUGUUUCUAAAAAUGAAAAUAUUUCCCAAGCGAGUAAAAAAGAAGAUAUUGAAAAAUCAACGAAAGAAGAGAAAUUAAUCCUAGAGUCCACUGUCGUAAAUGAUGCAAAGAGGGCUGAAACGUUGGUAAAUGGCAAAGUGUUAGAGCCUACGACUAGAAUACCUCAGUCUCCAACAAAGGAAGAAAAAACCAAGUCGAAAGAAGACACAAAAACUUGUGUGAAAUCAGGCAAGCAAAAGCACUCGGCGAAAAACAAGCCUGACGCUAAAGCAAAAUCUAUCACGACGGAAAAAGAACCGAUGAAACAGGCGGAUAAAAUAGAAGCUAGUGUUUCAGAAUCAAAGAAGAAACGCGACGGAAAAUCAAAGAAAAGAAACGAAAUCGUAGCACAGAUACCUCCUCAGCCUGUUGAUUCGAACGAACAGAUCUCGAAGACAGAAAUUGAAGGGAAAACGGAGGUAGCGGAGGUGGUUCCUGUACAGGAAAGCAAGAAAGAAGAUAGUGAAAUUGAAAGAAAGGAUAGUCCUAAAGAAGAUAUUCACCCAGCAUCGUGCGGCAAAUCUUGGGCACUCGUCGUUAGCACAAAAGUGGCAACCGAAGGGACCACUGAAAGUUUACAAAGUGUAGCAGCAAUUGAUACACCUCGAGAGUCGGUGGUCGAGACCUCGAAAAUCGAGAAAGCAGUGCAACAGGUAGAAAAAACUAUACCGGAAGAGUCUCAACAGAAACCAACGAAACGUCAAAAAAAGAAAGAUGCGAAACAAGAAAAAAGUGGUGGUACUCGAUUGAGAACCUCUUCUAUCGAGACUGAAUCUAAGAAAGAGGAAGCAGAAACUGUUGUCGAAAAGAUUCAAGACUUGUCAGAAGCUACCAGGGAAUGCAACAACAAAUCGUACGCACAAAUUACAGCAACCAAUCGCAGAACACCUCCGCAAACUGUUCAAGAUGAUGCGAUAAUCAAACCUGCUCCUCUCAAGUUUAAUCAAAGCUUAGAGAAAGUGUCUGGAGAUAAGGCAGUUGUACCAGAAGAGACAGAAACGACAGCUGUACAAGAAACGAAAGAAGAAGAAAUUAAAAUUGAAGAAAUUCCAAGCAACAAAGCUAUGGAACCAACUAUUGAGCUGGAGUUGUCUUCGUGGGUAGAAGAAAUCGAAAGAGAAGAGGAGGGAAUCGAUUCGAUAAUUAAUGCUCUAAACAACACGACGAACGUUGGAACACCUGAAAAGACGAAAGGUUCGUGGGCCGCCAUUGUUGGUGAACACGUCGAACCAAAAGAGUCUCCAGUACCAAUCAUUGAUCAAAGUAUCGUGAAAAAGGAGCAAACUUCCUCCGAGUUACGCUCUCCCGCUCAAGUAAAGAUUUACGUGGAAGAGUCUGUGGAACCGAUACCGAUCGAGAACGUGGUUCAAGUCGACGAACAUGGAUUCAUGGAAUUCGUAAACCGAAGAGAGCUACGAUCCAGGCGAUCCAGAUCGAGGUCUCGAAGCGCUAGACGGGACGAAACGAAUUCGCCGAUGGAAACAACCACGAAACAAUCGAAAAAUAAAGGAAAGUCAAAAGCGAAGGGCAUCAUCGAUACGACUCAGGAAACUAAGAAGGGUACAGGAAUUCCCGUUACAAGUACGCAACAUCCUGAAGAGAAGAAUAAAUUAAAAGAAAUCGAAGAGACGCAACAGACGGUGAACAGGUCUGAGAACCUGGAAGCAGAUAAGAAGAAAACUACGGAACAACCGAAACUAGAAACGAAGGAACAAUCUAAGACCGCGACGAAAAAAGGCAAGAAAUCUAAGAAAAGAGAGACUGGUAAGGGUGAAGCUACGGAACAAGAUGAAAGCAAAGAGCAUGCGAAACAAACUGACGUUCGGUCGUGCUCAACAGGAAACUUGGAAACCACGAAAGAAAAAAGAGUGACGGCAGAGGAAGAGAAAACUGAACCAAAGAAAGAAAAAGACAAAAAAGUCAUAGAUUCUGAUGAGCGUAAGUUUGAUUCAACUCGUAAAGAGGAAGUACAAGUGUCAAAAUUGAGCGAAGAAAUGGCAAGCGCAUCAAAAUUCAGUAAAGAUAAUGUAGAUGUAUAUGAAAUAAGCGACGAGAUGGAAGAAACGUUAAAAUUACGUGAUAACAAAUUAGAAGCGUCAAAAUCGAGCGAUGAGAAAGUAGAAAAAUCGAAAUUAAGUAAAGAAAAGACUGUUGCGUCGAAAAACGAAGAUGUUGAUAAAAUAAUGCGUGAGCUUUUGGAUGUAGCAUUUAAUAACAGAAAGGAGAGUGAAGUAACGUCUGAAACGAUGUUAGAAACAGAUAAAGAACCACAGAAGUCAGAGGUUGAAGAGGAAGAAACGGCUGAAGAUAAGCAGAACGAGGAAGUGAAAGACGGUACCGAAAUGAAGGAGAACGCCGAUCUUAAACGUCAGAUUGGUAUAAAAGAAAGCGUGGAGGAAACGUUCGUUGUAGAAAAGAAACAAGUUACAGAGACGCAGAACAAUGAAGAUAUUCCUAAAAUAGAGCCAGCGAUAGGAAACUGUGCCAAAGAAGAUAAGGUUAUGACCGAAAAGAUUGCGGUAAGAGAUCAGGAAGAAACGAGUAAAACUUUGGACAAAAUUGAAGUAAGCAACGUGUCUACGAAAGAAGUAAUAGAUAAGAAAAGCAAAGAAACGUUAAAAGAACCUCAGCCACCGAUCGUAAAAAAACCUGAAACUCUGAGCCAAGAUACAGCGGACCAAGUUUCGAAAGUCAGCAAGCCGAUAGACUUAUUGGAAGAAGAAAUUGAAGAAGUGCCAAUAGUAUUGGACUCGAUCGAAACCCAGUUACAAACCGAGGAAGAAUUUGAGAAAUGCAUAUCGGCUGAGCCGGAAAUAGAAACCGCCGAUAUCGUGAUAGAGCCAGCAAAGCCAAAAGUACAAUUUUACAUAGCGGACGAGAUCUUGGUUUUGAGUCCCGAAAAGAAGAAGCCUGUUCAGACACCUUUGAUCUUGAAGACCUUAUCGGAACUGAGCAGAUCCAAGUUCCUCUCCCUCGACAGCGGAUUCUGGCCAGAAAAACACCCCUAUCACGAAGCCGAACGCUAUCUGUUCGAGAACUUGGCCAAUUACACGAAAGGAAAGCCUUCCCGCGACAUUAAACGCGACUCGAACGAUCCUGGGGACUUUGGCGGAGAUCGCGACGGUAGUUUUAACGAUCGCAGGGGAAACGAUGGUCCCCUGAAUUCAUUUCUGAUGGGCGGACCUCACACGGAACGUCUGAUCGCCGACCUCCCCGGAGGCAUAGGUAGUUGGAGCGAUUACAGUACUUACUUGUCGAGCGAAAACGAACAGAGAACGGAUCGGUCAUUGUCGGAAGUCGUUGAAGAAGAGAUCGCGACUCCGGUGUCGGGUAUCCUUCCUACCGACGAACCUCCUUCCCAACGAUCCUCUGUCUGUCUCGAGGACAGUCGAUUCGAGUCUCCCUCGCUUCCGGCGACUUUCGACCAGCCUUCGACCUUGGAUGAAGAGAUUACGUGUUACGCGAGCUGCAGUCGUUUGCCGCUCGGGUCCGAUUCUUCGAUCGGUGAACAGUUAGAACAGUCCAACUCUUCCAAUCCACGUGAUUCAUCAUCCCCGACCCCACCAAGCAUUCCUCGCCAUAGUCCAGGUCCCAAGGAACAUUUAGGUAGAGAAAGAGGAUCGAUGCAACGACAGAGUCCGAAUGUGGAGACCGAGAGAGAGACGGGAGUAGCUGAAGAUGAGGCUGAAAAGAGGAUACGAGGGAUCAAGGACAUCAUACAGGAGCGUCUGAUGGUUUUACAGCUGAGUUUGUCGAACUUGAAAGGAACUUGUUUGCCCCGAGAUAACAUAGACUCCAUGCUUUCUGCGCUUACGAUCCUCCUGACUGAACUUGACGGCUACGAGCAGGAGACGCGGAAAUUGGAGGAAGAGUUGCGUAAAAUUCCAGCAGACGCCGAGGCCCAGAGGCUUUUGAGCAAUCUAGCGGAAGUUCAAACGCGCAUUGCCACCCUCUUGGCGCAGGCAGAACAAGGACGCGCCACUCUCGAGGGGGCGCGUGGCCACCAUGAACAACGUGGCCAUGACAUUCACGCUUACAAACAAUUUCUAGACGAAACGGAUGCCUGGUUGAAGAACAUCGUGGCAAGCAUGAGGGAGCAACAACCGAUUGUCACGAACAAGGCUUUGCAGGACGAGUUGAGCAGUCACGCGCAGCGAGUGUCGGAGCUUGAAUCUCUGCCAGAAAUCAGCACGCUGGCAAAGGUCCUGAAGAAUGCGCUGUUGGAGGUGAUGUCUCGUCUGCAGCAAAGGCAGCAGGAGCUCUGCGAGGAAGAAGCGCAAGCGGACGACAUGUCGGAACGAGACGACGCUACCCUCGAUCAGGCACCCUCGAUUCAGUCGUCGUUCGAAAGUAGCAUGCCGUCUCUGGUUGACGUGUCUCUGCAAACAGGACAGAGUUUGCUAGCAAACGAUAUCGUCGAGAAACCGCAGCAGCUCACCAAGCAAACCUCCACGAAUCAAAUCCCGGAGCCAGCAACGUGUCACUCGCUGACCACGCAAACCGUAGACAACCCUAAUGAGAGUCCUCAGGUCCAGGAAACUAUAAAGAUUGUAAAAACCACGGACGGAAACCACGACGUGAUCGAGAUAGCCACGAAAAAUCUGGCAACCGCGUUCAACCAGGAAAUCGAACAGGAACGUCUCGACGCGAUGCCGGAGGAUAUCGUCGUGGACAUGAAGUACCAAGAUCCUAAAAACACUGACAAUCCACUGACUACCAGCGAAUUGAACAUAGUCCACGCAGCUCCGCAAUCGUUCGAGACGGUCCUGGUCGAACCUGACGACGUGACCACCGAGGUCGUGGUAGACGAAGAUGGUUCGAAAAGAAUCAUCGUGAGGAAAUUAAGACGCACGAUGGUGACGAGCAGACAAACCGCUCAACAACACUCGUCCUCGAUGACGACGGCAAUCGGAGACGCUCCGUCCGUGGUUCACGCGUUUUCGGAAGCCACCAUGAGGGAUCAGCAGAUCACGGUGACCGCCGAAAAGCCGAAUGGGACCAUCGAGACCACCACGAAACAGAUCUACGGUGGUAGAAUCGCCACCGGGACGCCUUUCAAAGACGUAGACGUCGAGGAAUACGAGUCGGCUCCUCGGUACACGCACACUGUCACGCAGGGCAACAUUCGUGACGUUAGUCCGCAACCUCUCGAGGACGGAAUCCAGACAGAGGCCGGAGAAUAUCAGGCAAAAACGUCCAGCGUGCACGCAAUGGUGCAACAGGUGACCAGACGAGUGGUCAGAAAGACCAGAAGGAUCAUUCGAAAGGUGACGAUCGUCGAUGGCAAGGAGACCGCUUCGGAGGAGAUAAUAGAGGAGCCCGAAGAAGUGGAAGUGGACGAGAAAAACAUACCACAUAUAAGCAUCAACGUCGUCAAACACGAGGAACAACGGCAAUUCGGUGGAGACGGCCGAUCGACGGAGGAAAGGACGCAAGAUCGGUUUCCGUCAAAGGAAAAGGAAGAGAGUAAAAGGGGAAAAAGUUUAGAACAGGAACAGGGUGAUGACGUCGACGACACUCCCAUGCAAGGGCCAUUCUUUGGCGCAUUCGCUAAGGACAUGCAUCCAGGACUUCCAACGGGGUACCUGGACCCAAAGAAAAAGGAAUCUCUCCCCGAAAUGGAGAAAGAAAUCGUCAUAAUCGAAGAGAUAGUCACAGACGCAAAGAUUCCGAAAGAAGAGGUUCCAGAAAGUUCCGAAGAACAGCCUCCGGAAAGUCUCGAAGAAUCUCUGGUGCAGAUUGAUCAAUUAAAGAGUGACGGAAGCGUCGAAUCGGUAUCUGUUUCAGAGAAUAAGGUACCUCCGACUGUGGACAAGUACGAGAGCGAGCAGUUCGCGAUAGAGGUAAAUGGGAAAAAGUCACUCGCGAUGGAUAGUCAGGCGUUUAUCGAUGCUGAAAUAUCCGCUGGUUUACAGAGUCCUAUUGAAGAAAUCAAGGUACAAGAGACACAACAGAUACCAGUCGAGUCUCCGAUCGAUUCCGUCACGUUGGACGAUCUACCAACCACCACUAAAGCGACUUGUAAGUCUGUCGAUGCACCCGUAAAGAUCGAAACACCUGGUAUCGAGCUAGAAGAACGCACGGUAGAUUUAGAAAAGCACGAUGACAUUAGCGGCACCGUAGUUCCUGACGUCUCUGUAUUAGAGGAAAGUUGGACGAUCAAACCGAUCACGAGCGAAACGCAAGGCGGCGUACCGAUGUUAUCGGAGGAGCUACAACAGAAAAUUGAAAUUUCAGGAGAUCAACCUGACCAAGUCGAGAAACCUGACGCGGAAAAGAUGGAAGACGAACCACAUAUUGUACCGAUCAACGACAAACAACAAUUGGUGAAGGACUCGUUCGUUCCAGAGUCAGAAUACGACUACUUUGACGAAGCUUUGAAACCAGAAUACAAACCACUCUUCCAUAAAGUAGAAAUUUCAUUAGCCGUGCGGAAGGAAGGAGAAGAAAUCCAACCAAUGGUGUCUGUGACAAGUCAAGCCGAACCGACUGUCGCGCCUUAUAGAAUGGUGAAAGAGGAUGUAGACAUCAGUUUGCCAGCUGACAAGGAAAGCACCUCGAUAAUUCACGACAAGAUCGUUCAAACGUCGCCGGUACCGGCACCGGUACCGGUAUCGGUACCGGAACAGCAAAUUUCCACCGCGGAUAAAUCGAUCGUCACGACGGAGAAGGAAGUCGCCACCUCUGACAAGUCGGUGAUCACUUCGGAGAGAGAGGAGACGUCCGACAAAUCAGUCAUCACUUCGGAAAAGGAAGAAAUUACGGACAAGUCCGUGGUUACUUCGGAAAAAGAAGACGAGUGUCACACAGAUAUAAAGACCGAAGAAGAAGCCGGCUCGCCAAUAAAGUCCCCAGACACGAAAUCGAGUACUUGGAUCGUUUCGAACAUCGCCGAUUCGGUGGAGAUCAACGUCCCGUUGUCAGACUCAUCGAUACACGUAAGCGAAACACCGCUACCGGACGUUGCGGAGAUGAUCGAGUCGACCGAAAUCGAUUUAACGUUAAAAGACGAAACUUCGGAGGACGAAGAUGGGUACAGAGCCGACGACAGAACGAUGGCUUCCACCACCACGCCGGACGAUGAAAACGUGGCGAGGAAGAAGAGAAGGAAGAAGAAGAAACAGCGGAUGAGGAGUUCCAGGGAGGAAGAGCAGUCGGAAUUUCCAAAGACCACCACCGACGAAGGAGAAUUCACGGACGAUCUGGUUCCGACAGAAACCGAGGACGCAAAAGCUACGAAGAAGAAAAAGAAGAAAAAGAAGCGGGAAGAUCUUAGCAAGGAGGAAACCGCUCGCGUUCCAGCGUUGAACGAAGCGGAUACUCAGACCACUCCACGAGAAUUUAAUGUCACCGUAGCUGCUACGUCUCCGCAAGAGGAAACGAUCUGCGAAACGUUUGUUCAAACGUCCCCGCAGCUCUCGGAACGGACAAAAAUAUUCCAAGCUGAAGAAAUACAGACGUCGAUGGAAAUUCUGCCGGAAGAUUCCGAGGAAAUCGAGACACCGAAAGCGGAACAAGUCCACGCGAACGUGCAAACGUCUCCCUUGACAGCUUUGGAGUUUGGGGCGCAAACUAUCCUCGAAGAAACCUCACCAGCCGUUACACACCACUCCGAAAUACAGACUUCACCGGUCUCUGUCUUAGAUUUUGGCAUACAAACGGCUACAGAAACGCCACGAAUCGAAGAAAUAAGCACACAGACUCUGAACACGUCAGAGACGCGAGUAGAAGAGGUUCAAACCAGUCCGAUAGAAGAUGUCCAACCGACGAUCGUUUCAGCAAGAACGGAAGAAACCCAGGCAUCUCCGAACGUGGUUUCCAUGGAGGCGCAGACUUCACCUUGGUCGGCUCCAUCUAUAGAAAUAGAGACUCAGACGAUAGAGAAAACGCUCGUGGCUACCGAACAACAAACAACAACUCCACCGGCGAGCGAGCAAAAGGAUCUGACCGGUAUCGGUGUUCAGACUGUGACCCCGGAAGAGUCAAAGACCAUCGAAACGGAAGCACAGACCAGCAUCAGUCCGUCAACUAGUCCGGAAAAGAGCACGUUAGACUUGAACAUCCAGGCGGAUCUAACGCAACAGCCAUCCGUCGAGGUCGUCGAAACUCAAACCACUCCGGAGAAGAGUCCUCGACGAACCGAGACCCAGGAAACAGAGUCGCAGACGGUGUUGCCCGAACCGACUCAAGAAACGGUGACCCAGACCAGUCCGACAACUUCCGUCUCCCCGAUUCAGGUCCAAGUUCGCGAGCUGUCCGCUCAAACCAGUCUGGAAGAUAUUAAACAAGAGACGAUCGACGAACAAUCGCAAACCAGUUCGCCAGAGAAGAUAAAGACGUCGGACAGCUCGGUACAGAUAAAGGCAACCGAACUGAUUCCACGCGUCGAGGAAAGCGUGCAAAUCGUUCCUGAUACGUGCGAAGGCAGCGUGCAAACGCAACCAAGCGACGAGAAGAGGAAAUUAUCGUUGGUGACGGUUUCCCAGCAAACGAACGGCGAUACGGUUGCGGAUCACGCUAAAGAACAAGAGGAGACGAUAAUGAAAGACGAUGCGGAAGAAGACGUGUUAGCAGCCGCAACAGUCGAUGUACUGGAUGCGGCGAUAGAGACGAAAACGCCUCUAAAAGACAAAAAAAUUCCAGCAGCACCUGAUGUACAAGUACAAGAAAUCCAAGAUUACUCGAAAACGGAAAAAGUGAAAUCGGUGGAGGUGGAGCCUAAGUCGGAGACAAAGGAAUCGAACGACGCGAUUGAGGAUACCACGUUUGAAAUAUGUUUGCAGGCAACCAUAGAAUUGUCGACCAGCGACAGUACCACCGACACUAGGAGCAUAUUGACCGAUACGUCGCCGGACACGACGAUCGUCCAAGAGUCGAGCAACACGGCAAAGGCGGAAGAUAGUAACGCCGCGAAGAGACAGAAGCGAAAAAGGAGGCACAAAACCAUCGAAAUCUGUUCGUCGGGAGAAAAGGAUCUGGAAUCCAUAUUUGGUCAGCCUAUAGAGUCACGGGAUGUUUCAUUAAAGUUAUCUUAUUCCGACGUUGCUAGAAAGAACGCCGGCAAAGAAAAAUGUCCAGUCAGUGAGGUGUUUGGUUUGGAAAAAGUGCCCGAACAAGGUGACGACGUUGGACAAAAGGAAUAUGCAAAAUUUUUACCGGAAGAGACGGUCGACGAGAUCAAAGAGUGUAUAGAAGAUACUAGUUUGCCAUUUACAACAACGACGGAACCAGCAAUCGUCCAAGCACCAUUAGAGACGAAAGUCGUAGCGAGUAUGCCUUCUCCGGAACCAAUGACUACGGCCGAAGAAUCAUUGUCGCCCGUAGAAACGGAGGAGGAUCGACCGAAGAUCAAGACCUACGCAGACAUUAUAAGCGAAUCUUCCAAGAAACCGUCUAGACGAAAAUACGACGAGAAAGAACAACCUUCGUGGGAGAUGCCUCAUCAGUCAAUUUCACAAAAAGUCGAAAGUUCGGAGGCUUUUAUUUUGCCCGCGACCAUGGAUGCUGAUUGGUCGCCGCCGCUUCAAAUGACUCUGUUCAGUAAAACCACAAAAAUGACUUCGGAUCGAAUGCAAAGUCUUCGAAACGCUAAACUACCGAGUCAUCUGGGGAACAUUCUACACGUCGUUCACCUAGAUAGAAUAAAGAGAAACAUGCCAGAAGACCUAUAUUCUUUCGACAUAAACAAUGAACUGUCUGACCUGAGGAAAGCGAUUAGAGAAAGGGAUACGUUUAUCGUGGAGGAAGCGCUGGAGAAUAUCGUGAUAAUGAUUACAAAUUGGUUGGAAACGAUCGAGUACAGGAUUUUUUGGAGAAAAUCGUAUCCUGUCGUUGAUUCCGACGCCGAUAAAUCCUACACCGUGCUUAAAGACGAAGCGAAGAAUGUAGAAAAAUACAUUCAGAAACUGAACAAUAUGUGGCAGUUAUGCCAGACUGUUUAUCCGAAGGAGGACCGCAACAAUGUACAGAAAUGCCUGGAAGCUGUGACGUGUCAAGCGAAGCACAUCCAAGACCUUACCAGCUGCAGCGUAGUAUACAUCACCAUGGAACUGGCCAGGUGGGAAAAAUUCGAGCACGGAGUAAAGAACAUGUACAGGUGCAUCGAAGGGGGACGUGCCGAACUAAACGUGAUAAUCGAUCUCGAAGCGUCCACGAAAUGGAAGCUCCAGGAGCUAGAGAAAUUGGAGAUCAUAAACCGGUGUAACAUGCGGGAAACCGAGUUGCUUAUCGCGGAGUCGCAUAAAUGGCAACGCGAUUAUCACAGAAUAGAUAUCCCGGAAGAGACCUACACCGGCCACGAGAUGACCAAGGCGAUCGAACACGAUAUAGCCAUUGAACGGGACCGUCUUCUGCAACUGUUGGCCCUGGCCGAGGAGUACGAACAAACGCUUCGGGAAUUCGCGCAGAUCACCGAGAUCGCGGAGAACUUGUUGGGAAGCCCGAUCUCUGUGAUCAGCCUGGAACAUCUGCGAGAAGAGAUGCAGAAGCACAGGAAAUUCUUCGUCAACCUGAACCACUGUCGAGGAAUCCUGGAAUCGUUGGAAGGGAACCUGGAUCCUGAAACGAGAACCAAGUAUUCGGAUCUUCACGAGGAACUGCACAGCAGAGCUAUGUCGUUGUUGGAUCAAGCUGCAUCCAGGGCUCAGCAAAUGGCAUUAGCUGCAUCUCGAUGGAUCAUCCUCGAACAGGGAGUGAAAGAGGAAAGGGGAUGGCUCCAGGUUGCUCACCAACGAGUUCCCGAUCUCCAAACAGUAACUUCGUCCGAUUACGACCAGUACAUCUCGUUGCAUCAAUCGCUGGUGGCAGACGUAACGACGCAUCAUGCUCGGCUCGUUCAGCUCUUGAACGUGGCCCGCAGUCUUCAGGAUCUAAUAAACAUCGAGGAUCCCGAAGAUCGUUACGGAGAAGCUCUGGACGUGAUCGUGAAGCUUCAGGAGAACGUGGAAUCCUCGUUGAGACGUCUGCAGGGGUUCAAAGAGAGUUGGUGCAAUCAGGAAGUGUUAACGAACCGUCUGGAGAACUGGAUGACCAAAGUAGAGAAGGAAUUGAAGAAUCUCGGCGACCCAUCGGGAGGCCACGUACGUCAAUUUUGGGAAUUGAAAGCGCAAUACGAGGUUCAUAACAACAUGCGGGAAGAAGCGAACAACAGCUUCGAACUGGCUCUGAGAAUCGUUCCACUCUCGGACGAAAUGUUACAAAGGCAAUUCCAUCGCGAGCUUCAGGAUCGCUGGAACGAUCUGGCUCAACGGAUCAAUAGCAUCCAAGAGGACGUCACACGGAACAUCUCCUCCGAGGAGAUCUCGUCGAACGAGAAGCUAAAGCUGCUCGAGAGAGAAUUGAACCAACUGCGAAUGACGAUCGACGGUUUUCACGGUGUCCUGAAGACGGAGGAAGAACUGGAUCUGUACAUCGAACGACUGACAGUUUUGUUCGACAGGAUCUCGUUGAUCCAGAACGAGCUGGGCCGACUGGGUCUGUUACCCGUGACGGAGAGCGAAAAAGUUGCCGUCCUGUUGUCUUCGGCUCGUCGCGUCGAGAACCAGAUAAGCGAGGAACUGGACGCCGCGCAACUGAUCCGAGAAAGACUUCAGGCGAUUCAGCGUGGCUUCAGCCGUGUCCGGAAAGCUCAUAAACGGCAAUCAUCUGUAUUGGACCAAUGCGAGGGAAGCGAGCAACAGGGAAGCGACGUGGUCGCAGCGGCUGUGGAUCGCUGUCAAACGAUCCUCGACGAACUCGCCACUUUAUGGCAAGACAUUAUGGGACUCAGACAGAUGCUUCAUACUCUCCCGAUCGUGAUGAGAGUCUCGGUCUCGCCGGUCAGCGUGGAACGAGACAUUUCCAGCCUUCAAGACGCUCACGCCGAUUUGGAAGCUAGGUGCCAUCGUUUGUUGGGCCUGUUGAAGAACAGACUUACCUUGUGGAGAAGGUUCGAGAAACAAUUGGAAAUGGUGCAGCAAUCGGUUCAGGAAGCCGACUAUAUGAUGGAGCUGUUAACCGUGCAGGGGUCCGUCGAUUACGACAGGCUGCUGAAGGCUACCGAACGUUUGGAAGGUCUCAACGGUGAUUUGGGCGCGCGAGAAGUUCUCAUUGGUGAAUUGCGAGAGGCUGCCGAACCUCUGCGGGAGGGUUGCGCUGCAGAGGUCCGCGAGAAGGUCGAAGCGGCGGUAAAUGAGGCCGUACAGGCCUGGGAGGACACCAGGGCCGAAUUAGAUGCCCUUUGCACCAAGUAUCAGCACGCCUGCAGAUUGUGGGAACAGUACAAAGACUCCAGCGCCGCGGUUAAAGCCUGGGCGGACACGCAGAUGGACAGCGUCGUAGCCAACCUACCACCCGAAGAGGCUGUCAAACACAUCAAGAUUUGCGAGGAGACGAUGGCGGAACACAAGGAGAGAUUGGCGGAACUUCGAGGCCUGGUGGCACAGAUUGCAUCGGACGUUGGUCUGGAUGCAAGCGAGCCGUUGCACUGCGAAGUGGAGGCCCUGGGGCAACGUCUCGAAGAUAUCCGCGAAACCUUGUCAUGUCUCGCAGACGCGGCGGAUGCCCGUGCUCUCAACCAGGAGGCCGCACGUGGCGAUUUAUGUCACACGAAAAAUUUCCUGGACUCUGUCGAACAGAGUCUGCCCGUGGUGAGCCAGGAUGAGUCCAAUGAGUCCAAUGAGUCCAAUGAGUCCAAUGAACAGUUGAAACUGUUGUGGAACCAUCUUCUCGCGCUGACGUGCACGGAACCGCAACUCGAAUCCAUCAAGGAGCGAAGUAUUUUGGAGGCAACGACACAGAUACCGUCGGUGGUGGAAGUGUUGAGGCUGUGGCAGACAGUUUUUAAAAAAACCUUCGACCAAUAUAACCGUUUAUCGGCUCGUCUAGUGAAAACUCAGGAUGGUGCGACGGCGUUGAAGCUCUGGCAGGAGUAUCUAUCGCACGUGCAGGAUUUCCUAUCUAACGGUGUGCCCGGUGACUAUAACGGUCUAUCCGAGCACAGAAAUCUGUGCGAGGUGCAUCGGAACCUUCUGGCCCAUCAAAAAGAUCUCAUUCUGAAGGUGCGCACGAAAGAAGGCAGCACCCUUUCGACUACCGAGCAAUUCAACAUCCUGACGAAUUUGCACAACGAAACGCUGGCUAAGAUCAUGGAGAGACACACGGCGGUUUACGACAGGUUGGCUGGUUGGGACAGAUACAAGCACGAUCAGAGCAAACUUUUAGCCUGGCUGAAGAAGGUCGAGAGGGAACGUAGCCAAUUGCGCCUCAGGUUCAUCCACCUUCGGAGACUGGAGGAGAUCCUGGAGAGGAUAGUGACGUUGUUGGAGACGAUACCGCAGGGCGAGACUCAGUUGGAAUCGCUCGAGGAGCAACAGGAAUACCUGCUCGUCGACUGCGACGAGGCACUCGCGGUCUCUAUACGCAUGGAGCACGCAGCCGACGCUCAAAGGAUCGCCAAUCUGAAAGCCAGCCUCGAGACCUGGAGGGACUUUGUCCAGAGGAUACAGAAGCUUCACGCGGACUACGAGAAGCAGAGUAAGAGAAUUGGCGAGACGUUCGACGAGAUCGGGCAGGCAGUCAGCACGGCUUUUCACUCGAAACCACUCAGUUUGUCGAGAACGAACGAGCUGCUGGAGUCGGUGAGGCAGCUGCAGGUCAGGCUCUCCGGCAUGAGCUCUGAUUUAGAGUCUAUGGACGUUAUCGCGGAACAGCUUAGAGAGUGUCUCAGCCCUUCGGAUAUGAAAACGUUAAACCAGCAACGUAUGCUAUACUAUCAGCAGCACGGCAACCUCGAACACUCGGUGGCGUUGCUGGUCUACAGGCUGAUGGAAGACAGCUGCCUGUACGAUCGCUGGAAAGACAAAUUGGCCAGACUGUUGUCCUGGAUAGAGGAAAUGGAGAUGCGGAUCCAGAACUGUGACACGAUUGCUCCGAACGAGCCCGAAGAGGCGCUUAAGAGACUGGAGUGCGAGCUGCAGGCGGAGAUCGUUUUAAAGCAACGUGAACUUUCGUGGUUGCAGAACACUGGACAAGAUUUGAUUCAAGUCGCCGAGGAGGAGGAAAAGGAAAGGCUGCAACGCUCUUUGGACGAAGCGAACGAGAGAUGGGAUCGUUUGCUGGCCACGGGAAAAGCCAGAGCCACGAAACUAGUCGAUUUAAUGAGAACCAUGAGCACGUUGGAGAGGAGGAUAAACGAACUGAGGGCCUGGCUGGCCAGCGUCGAAUCUCAGUUGUCGGAGACGCUGGUGAUCGAGACGAUCUCUCAGAGCUGCAUCGACAAGAAACUCGAAGAUCACGAGCACCUCCAGAAGGCCAUCGAAGCGGAAAGCGGAAACGUCGGCGAGGUGCUGAACGCCUGCGAGAUACUGUUGACCGAUUGCGACGCCUGGAAGGCCUCCUUCAACACGGACGCGAUCAAGAUCGGUAUGGAGGGUCUGGAAUCUAGGUGGACGGCCACCUGUAAGAAAUCGGCCGAGAGGAAAGGAAAGAUCGCCCUCGCGUGGAAAAUACUGCAAGAGUUGCAGGAGAUCAAGUCGAAGCACGAGGGUUGGAUCGACGAGACCGACAAGGCGCUCUUGGAAUUGGAGUCCAAUCUGGACGAAAUUUCCAAGGACGAAUCGAACAAGGCCAUCGAAAGGGCGAAAACGAUUUCUCGGGGCAUGGAGGCGCGCGAGUCGGUGGUCAAGGUAAUCGAAGAAAACUUUGCCCGCCUAGCGAGGACAGGUUUGGAGCCAGAUAAUUUGAAAUCGCUUAUCAGCGAGAUCAGACGGCUUAUCGAUAAGUGGCGAACGUUAAAGCCUAGAACCGGCGCUGUUCUAUUAGCGCUUCAACAAGGACAGAAAAAUUAUCGAGACUUUAUUACGGUACACGGUGCGGCGGUGGUCGGGCUUACGCAAGUUGACGUCCGACUGACCAGAAUUCAACAUCUCGCCACGCCUGAACAGAAAGCGUCGAUACGACGCAGACUGCAACAACUGAACGAGAUCGAUGACGAGCUGAAGACGCAAAACAUUACUUUACGGAAAGCCGACGAUCUGGCCUUGAAGGUAAUGCAAGAAUGCCAUCCCGACGAGGUGGCCACGAUACAGGAACUGGUGGACGAAUAUCAGCUGCUGUGGAAGGACAUUCAGAGCAGAGUGGUCUCGUUGAGGGCGGAAAUCGACGGACAGGACAAGGUGGAAAUCGACGAGGCUGUGCAAGUGGAAACAUUGAAGUUUGAACAAGACUCUGCCGUUCAAGUGGACACAUUACCGAAAUUAUUGAGAAUGACUUCCAGCGACGCGUACUUGAUGGAACUAGAGGCUGCGCUCGUCGAAUGCAGCGAAGCCUUGGACACGUUAGAAAUCGCCGUUACUCCGUAUCCUGUCGCUGGACCUGGGCUCAAUGCAACUGCUAGGAAUAUUAGUAAAUUGAUUGGAAGCUGUCAAUCGUCGAUCGAACUGGUUCGUCAUCUGCACGGUUUGCUCGUCGAGGAUGGAAAGCUUAGUACGCAGGCUGCGAAAGGUAGCGAGGUAGCGGCAUUGACAGAGAGAUACGAUAACCUUCUAGUACUGGCGAGAACUCGGGAGCAACAGAUCAGAGAACUCAGCGAUUACGGCAGACUUACCUGUCCUCUGUGCGCUCGUCGCAAUUGGGCACAGCUGGAGAACGAUGUAUGGCGACUGGAAAAGUGGCUGGAAUUCGCGGAAGGCACACAGAGCGAGCAACAAUCGCCACCCAGCAAUAUCGAGCAACUGGAAGACGUGAUACAAUAUCAUCGCGAAUUCUUGUUGGAUCUAGACAGUCAUAAGAGCAUUUUAUCCAGUUUAAACACCGUCGGCGCUCAUUUGGCCGACCACACGGAGGACACUCGUCGACACACGCAGCUCAGAGAAAGAUUGGCCAUCGCGAACGAAAGGUGGGACAAAGUUUGUACACUGGCUGCAAACUGGCAGGAACAAUUGCAGACUGCAUUGAACCACCAGUCCCAUCGAAUCAUAGAAGAGCUGUUCGCCUGGCUGGAGAAAACCGAAAUUAGCAUAAAGUCUAGCGAACCGGUCGAUUUGACCGAAUCGUCAGAGAUCAUGACCAUCAAGUACAACAAAUUCAGGGAACUGAGGAGCGAUUUGGAACGAUGCGAGCCACAGGUCCUAUCGCUGCAAGAGUCGGCCAAUCAAUUGUUGGACGAAAAGGGCGAAACCAGAGCGUGCCUGCAGGAACUGCGACUCAGAUUGCAGUCCCUUCGACGAUUAACAGGAAUAUACGCCCUAAAGUUGGGGGCAGCACUAGGAAUGGAUCCGCGAGACGUUGGUCUUGCUGCUACGACCACGUCUCUCGCUUCCCUUUCUCACGACCUGCUCGACGAAGCUGCCUCUGGAACCAUUCAGCCCCACGACACACUCGGCACAGAUGGUGGUGAUGAUGACCAUGGCACGAUAUUGUCGCGGGGAUAUCGUUUCCUGGGACGAGUAUUGCGCGUUUCCUUGCCGAUUCAAGCUCUGAUGCUGGUGGUCCUCGGAGCCGCUUCGUUGGUGCCGUCCGCUGAAGAAGAUUACAGUUGCAUGCUAUCGAACAACCUCGCAAGAAGCUUCACGCCGAUGGUCGUUUAUCCGAACGGCCCACCGCCGAUCUAACGGUCUAAAAAGACUCGGUCUCGCGAGCCCGAGACGAUCGUUCGGCCGAACCGCUCGGAAAAGCCUUGCAAAGCGGAAACGCGAAACCGCAAACGAUCCGCCUAACUAUUUUACUCGUAGUCUGUCACGUGGUCCGGAUCGUGUCCGAUCCGUACAGAACUCGAACGAAUGUCAAGGAUCGGGGUUGAUACACCAAGUUCGAAUCGUUGCCGCGGCCUUCUCCUUGACGACGAUAACGAUUUAAACACUUGUAAUAAGAGUUUCUAUUUGUAAUAAGCACGUUAUACGGACCAAAACGAUCGUCGCUGCACGGCCAACAUCCGUUCAUUUGUCGUUCUGUGUGCUCGUGAUCUGCGUGCGAUUAUUCCUGUUUUACGAGUCCCCGUGAAUCGAUUCGACACUUCCGGCGUGGAGGUAA